CCCGCGAGUUCCACAUUACCGGCGGUAGUGGACAUCGGGUUUUAUUCUCCCGAUAUUUAUCACGCUCUGCGCGUUGGUUCGUUAGUUAGUUUGUUUUUUUUUUUUAAUAAUAUAAUAUCAUAAAUAAUAUACUAACAAAAUUUAAAAGAAAAAAAUAUUUAAUAAAUAAUCAUAGUUUUUAAAUUAUUUAAAAUUUUUACUAAUUUUUUUUUUUUCUAAAACCGUAUUUUUGAGUGCAUCAAAUAAAAGUGAUACGUUAUAUUAAUAAAAUAUAAUCGUUAUUUAUAUUUUGUGUUCGCGUAUAUUCGCAUUGUGUGAUACACUAUCAUGUACAUCGAACACACGUGACAGAACAUGCCAAAAUACGUGAAAAUGAAAUGCAUCCUGCCUGCAGUGUUAUGGCUGUGGCAACUCAUCAGUUUGGUAAAUGCUCAAGGCGGAAUUGGAUUUGGAAUAAAAAGAGAAAUAUUCUUUUUGAACUUGGAAGACGGAUACUUUGGAUGUCAAGUUAACGAGUCUACAACGGUAUUGCAAUUGUAUGAGCUUUCCAGGCUAUGCGAUGGCAAACAGGACUGUUACAAAGGAUCCGACGAACUGAGACGAGAACUCAAGUGCACGAACGACUGCGAGGCUAAAGAAGGAACGCCCUGUCAGAACGGCGCGUGUCUCGACUCCCUUUGCCAUUGUAACGACGGAUACGGUGGAUGUUCGUGUCAAGUGCCAGACGAGAACGAAUGCAAGUACCGGCCGUGUGACGUGUUCGCUCAUUGCACCAACACGCUGGGCAGCUUCACGUGUUCUUGUUUUCCAGGAUACGUCGGCGAUGGGUUUCACUGCCAAGAUAUCAACGAAUGCGAGGAUCCAGCCAUCGUCAGUAGGUGCGUACAAAACGCCGAAUGCUGUAACUUGCCGUCUCAUUUCUUAUGCAAAUGUAAGCCCGGAUACGUCGGCGAUGGCGAAGUCGAGUGCAAAGACAUCGACGAGUGUUUGAGACCAGACGCUUGCGGCAACAACGCAAUAUGCAGGAACACGCCGGGAAACUACACGUGCGACUGUCAGCAAGGAUUUGUGGGCAACCCGUACGACGGGUGUGUGGACGUAAACGAGUGUAGUCUGCCGAACGCUUGCGGUCCCGGUUCUCUGUGUACUAACUUUCCGGGCGGCCACCACUGUGAGUGUCCAGAAGGGUACGCGGGCGAUGCGUACGGCACCGGAUGUCACGACGUGGACGAAUGUUCGCGAUCUCCUUGCGGAAAAGACGCACAAUGCCACAACAACGAAGGCAGUUUUCGGUGUACUUGUCCUCCUGGAUUCGUCGGCGACCCGUUCCACUCUUGUAAAGAUGUGGAUGAGUGCGAGUCUUCGCCGUGCGGUCCCAACGCCGUGUGCUCAAACUCGGCCGGCAACUACACAUGCUCCUGCGCGACCGGAUAUACCGCGUCCGCGGAGGAAAUGAGAGCAGGAAGUGGAUGCGCGGACGUCAACGAGUGCGGGGCGCCAUCCAGCCCGUGCGGGGUCAACGCCAAAUGCACAAAUGUCCCUGGCUCGUACACCUGCCAAUGUCCGCCCGGGUUCACCGGGUCCGCGAUAGAACACUGCCAAAAUAUCAAUGAAUGCGAACACUCGCCAUGUGGAAAUAAUACCAUUUGCACGGAUACAGUCGGUAGUUUUGUCUGUUCGUGUAAAGAAGACUACACAGGUGACCCGAUGAAAGGAUGUCAAGAUAUUAAUGAAUGCGAAAUCUUAAGUAAGCCUUGUGGUCCCAACGCGGUCUGUGAGAAUACUAGCCCUGGAUUUAAUUGUCUUUGCCCACAAGGAUAUUCUGGCAAACCGGAUCCAAAAGUUGCCUGCGAACAAGUUGACGUGACGGUUUUAUGUAAAUCCAACUUUGAUUGUACCACUAAUGCUGAGUGCACUGAAGGUCAAUGUUUUUGUAAGAAUGGGUUUAACGCCAAAGGAUCAGUGUGUGUGGAUAUUGACGAAUGCCUCGCUCAACCAUGUGGACCAUAUUCUAUGUGUUCAAACACCCCCGGCGGAUUCCAUUGUCAAUGUCAAACGGGAUAUGUAGGUGCCCCACCAAGAAUUCAGUGCAAAGCUCCUUGCGAAGACGUCAAGUGUGGAACACACGCUUAUUGCAAACCUAACGGUCAAGAAGCGUACUGUAUAUGUGAAGAAGGCUGGACAUACAAUCCCAAUGAUUUAUCUUUAGGAUGUGUUGAUAUCGACGAAUGUGACAAAGUAAAUGGACCGUUUGGACGGUGUGGAGGAAAUACGUUAUGUACAAAUACACCAGGAAGUUUUGGAUGUCAAUGUAAACCUGGAUUUACCGGAAACGCGUUUAAACAGUGCACUGAUAUAAACGAAUGUUCUGACACCAACAGUUGUGGAAAAGAUGCUUUAUGUAUUAAUUUACCUGGUUCAUUUGAUUGUGUGUGCCCUGGAGGUUCCAUACCUGAACCAGAUCCGUUUAUCAAAUGUACCAAAGUAAUUAAUUGCACAGCUGAUAGCGAAUGUCCAGGAAACUCUGUUUGUGGUAAUCAAAAGCGUUGUUUCUGCCCCGAACCAAACGUCGGAGAUGAUUGCAGACAUCCGUGCGAAGACGUACAAUGUGGUCCCAAUUCUGAGUGUAUGCUGCUCAACAAAGAUGCUCAGUGUCUAUGUUCGGCAGGAUAUACAGGAAAUUCAAACACAGGAUGUACAGAUAUUGACGAAUGCAAGGGUAAUCCUUGUGGUCCGGGAGCAGUAUGUAACAACGAGCCGGGAUCGUUUUCUUGUCAAUGUCCGGGUGGAAUAAGUGGAGACCCGUUCAGAGAAGGAUGUUCGCAAGCUAAAAGUCCUACACAAUGUAGUGCGAAGUCUCCAUGUCCGGGAUCUGAGAUAUGUGUUCAAGAUGAGUUUGUUGGCGAAAGUGUUUGUAUAUGUCAAAGAGGUUACAUAAGGGACCCGAAAACUGGUAAAUGUAGAGAUGCCAAUGAAUGUACGGAACUUAGAGACAAACCUGCCUGUGGAGUUAAUGCCGUUUGUAAAAAUCUUCCUGGAAGUUAUGAGUGUCAGUGUCCUCCAGGCUUCAACGGAAACCCUUUUUCUAGCUGUGAAGAAUGCAAUUCAUUAGAAUGUCAAUGUAGACCACCAUAUCAAAUCGUUAAUGGAGAGUGCACAUUAGCUGGCUGUAAUAAAGGAAAAUGUCCAGCUGGUGCUGAAUGCGUGUCCAUUGCUGGCGGAGUAAGCUAUUGUGCUUGCCCAAAAGGAUAUAGACCUAGAGAAGAUGGAUCAUGUUAUGAUGUAGACGAAUGUGAAGAAAAAAUACAUUCAUGUGGAUACGGUGCUGAAUGUAUCAAUAAACCCGGCACACAUGAAUGUUUAUGUCCAGUUGGCUACAGUGGAGAUCCACAUCAUGGAUGUUCUCGUAGUCAAAAGAAAUGUAUAAAAGAUUCAGAUUGCUUAUUAAACGAGAAUUGUAUUCAACCAGGAGUUUGUGUUUGUCCCGUACCAUACUAUACCGAUGUUCUUGACAACAAUCUCUGCAAAAGUCCUUGUGAUCGAUUUCCAUGUGGCGUGAAUGCACAAUGUACACCGAGUGAUCCUCCAAAAUGUUUGUGUCUACCUGGAUAUAAAGGAGAUCCUUUGCAUGGCUGUGAAGAUGUCGACGAAUGUAAAGAUAAUCCGUGUGCUUUGGGGUCACAAUGCAUAAAUGAAAAAGGUCAUUACAAAUGUAUUUGUCCGAUUGGUACAAAUGGCGAUCCUUACUCUGUUGGUUGUUUAGGAAAAGAAGCACCAGAGUUUGAGUGUUCUACGGACGAUGAAUGCGUUGCACAGUUAGCAUGUGUUAAAGGAACUUGUACUAACCCUUGUAAUCUUUUACCUUGCGGUCAAAAUGCUUACUGUGAAUCUGAAAAACAUGCUGCAUGGUGUAGAUGUAGUGCUGGUUAUGUAGAAUCUAUAUUUGGUGAAUGCGUGUCACCGUGUGAUGGGUAUAUUUGUGGCCACGGUGCACAGUGUAUAGUGUCGCCACAAGGACCUACGUGCAAAUGUUUAGAAGGUUCUAUUGGAAAUCCAUUUGCUGGGGGCUCUUGUGAGCCGGAUACUUGCUCAAGCACCAGCCCAUGUGUUGCGCCUAAUAUUUGCGUUGCUGGACGAUGUAAAGAGAAAUGUCAAGAUCAUUUUUGUGGUAUUGGGGCUAGUUGUAAUCAUGAAACUAACGAUUGUGUUUGUAAUCCAUUGUUCAUCGGAGAUCCAAAUUACCUGUGCAUGCCUCCUAUUACAAUGCCUUCAUGUUAUCCUGGAUGCGGGAUUAACGCACAUUGUGAAUAUGAUGUGUUGAAUGAGAACAAAUGUGUUUGUAAUUCUGGAUUCAUAGGAAAUCCAUAUGAAGAAUGUGAUUCCCAAUCUAAAAAAUCUUGUUCAAAUAUGACGUGUGGAACUGGAGCAUUAUGUAAAGAAAAAUUAAAUUCUAUUGAAUGUAACUGUCCAUCAGGAUUUAAAGGAAAUCCUUACGUUCAAUGUGUUGAUAUUGACGAAUGUUUGAUUUCGGCUUGUGGUAACAAUGCGGUUUGUAUCAACACAAUUGGAAGUUAUGAUUGUAGAUGUAUUGAAGGUUACGUGGGAAAUCCGUUUUUAGAAUGUUCAGCUAAAAUGCCACAAAUUUGUCGUGAUCCAUUGACUUGUCAAUGUUCAAAAAAUGUUCCAUGUCCAAUUGGAUACGUUUGUAAUCGUGGAAAAUGUGAAAAUCAAUGUGAUAAUAUCAAGUGCGGUGUUAGAGCUGGAUGUGUAUUCGGUAAAUGCGUAUGUCCACCGGGUUUGAUUGGCGAUCCUUACAAUUUUAAAACCGGAUGUAAACCACACGGCCAGUGUACAAACGAUGGCGAUUGCAAAGAUACAGAAAUAUGUUUCCAUAUUAAUAAAGAAGCUAGAAAAUGUGUUGAUGGUUGUAGUAAAUUACAGUGUGGACCCAAUGCAGUUUGUGUUACUGAAGGUCAUCGUUCGUCGUGUAUUUGUACCGAAGGAUAUUUUGGAAAUCCUGGAGACUUAUACCUAGGUUGUAAACUCGAAAGGGUGGCACCUAAAGGGGAAUGUAGAACAGACAAAGACUGCAACUCGGCAAGCAAAGUAUGUUCCAUAAUAUCAGAUGGAAUAUCUUCUUGUGUUAGUGCAUGUACUCGAGUAGCAUGUGGACCAGAUGAAAUUUGUUUACUGGAAAAAAAUGGCGCACCCGUUUGUUCAUGUCGUCCAGAGUUUGUAUGGAAUCCAGUUAUAUCGAAGUGUGAAAAGCCUUCAUUACCUGACUGCUCAGUCGAUGCUGAUUGUAAAGAAAAUGAAUCAUGUAAACCAGAUGCGUUGGGAGUAUUAAAAUGCAUAUCAGUUUGUAUCGAAUUAACGUGUCCAUUCAAUUCAAUAUGUGUAGCUAAUAAUCACGAAGGUAGCUGUCAAUGUAUACCGGGGUAUGUAGGAAACACAAAUGAUCGAAAUGGUUGUCACCCUAUGAAAAAAAGUAGCUGCCAACAAGAUGUUGAAUGUUUACCGACUGAAGCUUGCCUAGAAGAUCCAGCAAGUAAAUUAAAAUCAUGCAAACCAGUGUGUGAUCAUACCAUAUGUGGCCUAAAUUCUAUUUGUGUGGCAAAUAAUCAUGUGGCUCAAUGCCAAUGUCCUCCUGGUACAUUUACUGGUGAUCCAUAUGACUCAAAUGGUUGCCAAGAAGUAUCAUGUGUAUAUAACGACGAUUGUCCACAAACACAAGUUUGCAACAGACAAUCACAUUCAUGCAUGAAUGUGUGUGACAAAGAUACUUGCGGAACUAAUUCGGUUUGUCUUGCUGAUGGACACACAUCUGUAUGUCAAUGCCCACCUGGUUUUAAACCUGAUCCUGUCCCUGAAAUAUCUUGUGAAGCCAUAGAAGUUUGCGAUAAGUCUUCGUGUCAUUUCACUGCCAUAUGUGAAUCUAAUCCUAACUCAGGAUACAUUUGUAAGUGUCCACCUGGCCAUAUCGGAGAUGCUUAUACGGAAGGAUGUAGACAAGAAGGCUUAUGUCCAAAUGGAAAUAUUGAUUGUCCAUUGUUAAGUGUCUGCCAAUCCGGUAGAUGUAUAAAUCCGUGUGAAAAAUCUUGUGGUAUAAACACAAUAUGUAACAUUAUUGAAAGAAAACCAAUUUGUUCGUGUCCCGAUAAUUUUGAACCUAUUCAUGGUGAACCAAAAAUUGGAUGUGUCAGAUCAGUUACUAAAUGUUUUAAUGACUUGGAAUGCAAAGGCGGUGUUUGUUCGAAUGGAGAGUGUAAAGUGGUUUGUCGGAACAUUGAUGACUGCUCUUCUGGUGAAAGAUGUGUACAAAACAAAUGUGAAAUUCCAUGCGCUGGACAUUCUCAAUGUAUGUCGGCACAAGCGUGUAUAAAUGGAGUAUGUACACUAGGGUGUCGAAGUAAUAAGGAUUGUUUAAGCAAUGAGUCCUGCAUAAACGCGAAAUGUCAAAAUCCAUGUAAACGUGAUGGUGUGUGUGGAAUAAAUUCAAAAUGCAGUACUAUUGAUCAUAACGCUAUUUGCACCUGUAACAAAGGGUUCCAACCAAAUCCUGUUCCAGAAGAGUCUUGUGUGCGAUCGAAUAACAUAUGUCAUAAUAAUAUCCAGUGUGGAUUAGGCCAAGAGUGCAAUGGAAAUAUAUGCAAAGUUGUAUGUUUGAGCGGAAUGGAUUGUGCUGAAGGAGAACGGUGUACAAGCAACAAAUGUGAAAAAGUUUGCUUUACUGCAAGUAAUUGUUUGUCGGGUGAAGUUUGUGUGGAAGGAAUCUGUAGACAAGGUUGUUCUUUGGAUUCAGAUUGUGAUACCAGCCAAAUCUGUAUAGGCAAUAAGUGCCGAUGUGGAAGUGGUUAUGAAAGUUCUCCCACUGGUUGCAAAGAUAUCAAUGAAUGUAUGCAAAAUCCAUGCCAUCCAAGUGCUAAAUGCUUAAAUACACCAGGAUCUUUUCAAUGUUCAUGUUCAGAUGGUAAAGUAGGAGAUCCUUACACUGAACCGGGUUGUAAUAAACCGAAUGAAUGUAAAAAACACGAGAACUGUGCUUCAAAUUUGGGUUGUGUAAAUGGAAAAUGCACAGAACUGUGUAAUGAUGCAUGUGGAAAUAAUGCUUUAUGUCAUAUGAUUGAACAUGCACCAGCAUGUACUUGUCCAUCUGGAUAUUUAGGAGAUGCUUUUGAUAAAAAUGUUGGGUGUUUCAAAGUUGAGUGUCUGGUAAACGAAGAUUGUCCAAAUGACAAAAUCUGUCAAACUAAUAGCAACAAAUGUACAAGCCCGUGUGAUUUGAUAAAUUGUGGUCAUGGUAAUUGUAAGGCUUACAAGCAUAAAGGCAUAUGUACUUGUAACAAUGGAUAUGAACUGAAAAAUGAUAAAUGUCAAGAUGUUGACGAAUGUAAACAAAGUCCGUGUCAUAAAACAGCAAGAUGUGAAAAUACGCCUGGAUCAUUUACGUGUAUCUGUCCUGAUGGACUGUUGGGCAAUCCAAAUGCUGAAGGGUGUCAUUAUCCGAACAGUUGUUCUACUAACAACGACUGUCCAGAAAGUGCAAUUUGUCAUCAGAAUCAAUGCAAAAAUCCUUGUGCAGAUAACAAAGUAUGUGGUCGUAAUGCAGUUUGCUCAGUUCAACGUCAUGAAAUUCAAUGCCAAUGUCCUUUAAAAACACAGGGUGAUCCCAAGGUGGAGUGUAUGAAAAUUGAAUGUUCAAACAACAAUGAUUGUACUUCGGGAAAUGCUUGCGUGAACUCGAAAUGUGUGAAUCCGUGUUCUGUACCUAAAGUGUGUGGAGAGAAUACUGAUUGUAGUAUACAAAAUGAUGCUGCUAUGUGCAACUGUAAAGCAGGGUACACAGGUGAUCCUCAUUUAGGCUGUACGUCAAUAUUAUACUGUGCGUCUAAUAGCCAAUGUCCCACUACAACUAAAUGUAAUAAUGGAAUAUGUACAGUUGAAUGUAACUUGGCAAGGGAUUGUGUUGGAAACGAACUUUGUAUUGGAAAUAUAUGUCAACCAACCUGUCACGGCAAUACUAGUUGUCCAGAAUUUCAAUAUUGUCAGAAUAAUAUAUGCAUUCAAGAGUUACGAUGCUUUACAAAUGAUAACUGUGAAAAUACACAAAUUUGUAAGACAAAUACAAUAGGACAGACCCAAUGUACUGACGUAUGUGAAGAAGUUAUUUGUGGAAGGCAUGCUGAAUGCUCAGCAGUUGACCAUCAACCAGUAUGUAAUUGUGAGCCUGGAUACCACGGAAACCCACACAUCGGUUGCCACAAAAUUGAAUGCUAUGAAAACGAAGACUGUACAAAUGAUAAAAUAUGUGAAGAUCACAUGUGUAAAAUAUCAUGUCUAGCAAACAACCCGUGUGGACCAAAUGCUUUAUGCUCUGCAGAAAAUCACCAACAGGUUUGUUAUUGUCAACCAGGAUAUACAGGAGAUCCGUAUUUUGGUUGUGAUGUAUUGGAUUUAUGUGAAGCUGCACCUUGUGGACCAGGAGCUAGGUGUGAUAACUCAAGAGGUUCCUUCAAAUGUCUAUGUCCACUAGGAACUGUGGGAGAUCCGUACAAAGACGGUUGUCAUUCACCAGUUGAAUGUCAAAUCGACGAAGACUGCCCCCCAGCAGCACAUUGUGUUCAGACUAAUGGUAUUCCCAAGUGUCAAGACAACUGUGAAAAAGUAAAAUGUGGUCCGAAUGCUGAGUGUGGAACGUCAACACAUUAUGGCUCCUGUAUAUGUCACCCAGGAUAUCAAGGAGAUCCAAAUGAUUUAAAUGUUGGAUGUAGACCUAGGGCUGUAGCAUGCACUUCAAAUCAGCAAUGCCCAAGUAAUACAUACUGCUACAAUGGGGCUUGUAAAUCAUCUUGUCAGUCGGAUGCAGAAUGUGGUCUUUCUGAACAAUGUUUACAAGGCCAGUGUAAUAAUCCAUGUGAACGACAAGGCUCAUGUGGAUUAAAUGCUAAUUGUAAAGUGAUUAACCAUGUUAAACACUGUUCAUGUCCCGCUGGAUUUACAGGUGGCAGUGAAAUUGAAUGUGUUCGAAUUCCUGUUGCUUGUGAGAUCAAUGAAAACUGUUAUCCAAAUAGUACAUGUCAUCAAUCAGUUUGUCAACCUGAUUGUCAAGCCGACAAUCACUGUGCGUUAAAUGAAAAAUGUUUUAAAAACCAUUGCGCUUUAACUUGCAGAGUAGAUAAUGACUGCUUUUUAGGACAUAUAUGUCUGAACAAUAUGUGUUUAUUUGGAUGUAAAUCGAAUGAAGAUUGCGCUUCCGUGGAGUCUUGUAGAGAUAAUGUAUGCACAAAUCCUUGUGUGGCAAUGCCCUGUGGACCAAAUGCCGUCUGUACGGUUGCUAAUCAAAGGGCCAUGUGUUCUUGUCGAGUUGGAUUUGUUCCCAAUCCUACAGCUAAAAUAGCAUGUAUUAGAACUCCAGCAGAACCAUGUAACGAAAAUCAAGAAUGUCCUGCGAAUUACUCAUGUAAAGAUAAUUCCUGUCAACCAGUAUGUUCUUCUGACGCUAGUUGUCACGGAAAUGAGAAGUGCGAUAUGUCAGUAUCUAUAUGUAAACCGUUGUGUCGCAAGGACGACGAUUGUCGAAGUGGAGAAAUUUGUAAUGGAUUAGUGUGCAACGUUGGCUGUAGAAGCGACACAGACUGUCCACAUGAUAGAUCUUGCAUUAACAACAAGUGUAGAGAUAUAUGUGAAUCUCCAACUGCGUGUGGUGUAAAUGCAUUAUGUUCCGUUUCAAAUCACCAAAAACAAUGUAGCUGCCCUUUACUGCUCGAAGGUGAUCCUCUGUUUGCUUGUAGAUAUCCAAUGAUAAGCUGCAAAGGAAACAGUGAUUGUAGUUCAGGCCAAACUUGCUAUACAUCUACUUGUCAAGCAGUGUGCCAAACGGACUUGGAGUGCUUAUCUGAUGAACGGUGUCAUAACGGAAUUUGCAAAGCAGUAUGUAAUUCAGACUCUAAAUGUAGUCCUAAUCAGAUUUGCGAAAAUCGUUUGUGUGUUGGAGGUUGUCAUAGUGAUACUUCAUGUCCUGAUAAUGAAGCGUGUAUCGACAAACAAUGUAGAGCUCCUUGUGACAGUGCUACUACAUGUGGCCCAUGUGCCGAAUGUAAAGUCAUUAAUCACGGAGUGCAAUGUAGUUGUAUGGCUGGGUUUAACGGAAACCCAUUAAUCGGAUGCGUUAAAUCGAUUUUAAAAUGCGAUGGGACGUGUCCCUGUGAUUUGGAAACUGGCUAUUGCAUAAAACGCUGUGCGGCUAAUAAAGACUGUUCGUGUGGAGAAAUAUGUCAUAAAGAUACGUGUACAACGAAAUGUAGUUCCAGCACGAAUUGUCCAACAGGUCAUAUAUGUUCGAAUGGACUAUGCGUUGUCGGAUGUCGUACUAAUGCAGAUUGUGCGAAUGACCGGUCUUGCCAAAAUGGUAAAUGCAAAAAUCCUUGUGACGUCGUUUCCGCAGGAAUACCGUGUGGAAACAAUUCCGAAUGUCAUGUCAACGAUCAUAGAGCCGUUUGUAUGUGUCCCGACGGAUUCCAGGGAGAACCCAAUAUUGAAUGUGUUAGAUAUACUUGUAACAAGGAUGAUGAUUGUGAGACAAACAAAAAAUGUGGUUCUGACAAAGUAUGUAGAAAUCCAUGUUUGGAGCAAGGUGCUUGUGGAUCAAAUGCACAAUGUAGAGUUACAAAUAGAAUGGCUUAUUGUACGUGUCCACUUGGAUAUUAUGGAAAUGCUCAACUCGAAUGCAAGCCAGGAACGGCCGAAAAGUGUGCGUCGAACCCGUGCGGACAGAACAGCCGAUGCAAAGACAUUGCCGGGGGUUACGAGUGCCUUUGCCCUCCUGGUUGUACAGGUGACCCAAGCAAACGAUGCGUAUGCGAACAAGCUCAACAGCGGUCGGACCCGUGCAAGAACGUAAUUUGCGGAAAACACGCACUCUGCCAACCGGUGAACGACCAGGACGCCAAAUGCUACUGCCCAACCGAAUAUCCCGCGGGAAAUCCAUACGUGCAAUGCGAAAUGAAAAAAUUACCCUCAGACUGUAGGACAAACGGUUGCGGGAAGGGCGCCGUCUGUCAACCGACGGGCAGUGCGGGAUCGACGGUGUACAUUUGCCAGUGCCCGCCCGGCACGACUGGUUCUCCACAAAAAGAGUGCUCCCAAGCGGUCGAAUGCGCCGACGACGGUCAGUGUACAAACGAAAAGACGUGCAUCGACGGACGUUGCGUUGACGCGUGUAGCGUGAGAGACACCUGCGGCUUGAACGCUCUAUGCCGGCCGGUGUUGCACAGGGCCCAGUGCGCGUGCCCAGACUGUUACGCGGGCGACCCGGCGGUGGGAUGCGCGCCGGACCCGAGCAGCUGUGUGCAGCGCGCCGGCGACGGACCGGCCGCGGCGUCCCGGUGCGCCGUGGACGCGGACUGCCCGGCGUCGCGGGCGUGCAGCCCAGUUGACGGCGCAUGUCGCGAUCCGUGCGACGGGCUGUCGUGCGACCCACCCCGGGCCUGCGUGGUCCGCAACCACCGGGCGCGAUGCGCGUGCAAGUACGGCUUUGCCGUCAGCGAGCUGGGCGAGUUGUCGUGCGCACCCGUCGAGCGCGAGUGCCGGGCCGACGCGGAUUGCGCGCCGCACCUCCGGUGCACGGGACAGGGCCGAUGCCUGAGUCCGUGCGACGGCGGCGGUGCGGGUGGCCCGUGCCCGGCCGACAAGCGGUGUCUGGUGCUCGAUCACCGCGCCGUGUGCGUGUGCGCCGACAACUGUGCGCCAACCGCGUCAAUGUGCCUCCGGGACGCCGGUUGCCCGGAGCACGAGGCGUGCGUCAACUUUGCGUGCGUCGACCCAUGCGCGAACGUCACGUGUCCCGCGGACGCCCCGUGCGGCGUGGACGGGCACCGGGCCGUGUGCAAGUUCUGUCCGACCGGUUACAGUGCCGAUUCGAAGUCGGGAUGUCUGAAAGUGGUCGGAUGCUCCGCGCACUACGAAUGUCCGUCCGGACAAGCUUGCAUUGCGAAUCAGUGCCAAAACCCGUGUCAACACAACAAUCCAUGUAAUUCACAACAAGACUGUCAAGUACAAGACCAUCAACCAGUUUGCUUGAAACUAUGCCAAUGCCAAAAAAAUGAACACUGCCAAAACGGUUACGUGUGUGAUGGAUGCAAUUGUAUAUUAUCGAGUCAAGAUCCUAUUGCAAUUCCGGGAUGUGAGCAUUGCCCGACAGGUGUACCAUGUGAUCCGAUAACUGGAGCUUGCGCUAAAGUAGACUCGUUACCGCAAUACACUGUUACGACCGUCACAACUAACGAUGUACUAAUAUCUAGCCUAAGCACAGAAAACUCUAAUGUAUUGACUGAAAUUACUACCACCCCUGAAUUCUAUACAACUGAUAAAGCUGAUAAAUUGUUAACAACCGAAAUUAAUCAAUUAAUAAUUAGCUCUUCGGUACCAACGAAAAUGUUUAAAGGCGACGACUUACAUUUUGAUAAAAAAGAUAUAUCCGAUACGACAACGAUUGAACCGAUAACAGCCGAUGGUAUUACAAUUACCGAGCCUUCAGUAACAUUAUUUAAUGAGUAUACUACCAAUAACGUAUUAAGUUUAUCGACCGAACGACAAGAAAAUGAAAACAAAAUUAGUUUAACUAGUAGUACUUGGAUCGAUUCAGAUGAAAAAACUACAUCCACUACUACAGCUAAUAUAAAUGAAGAAAAUGAAACAAAUAUUAAUAAAUUUAAUCGCGUAACAUCAGAAUCUAACUUUCAAAUAAGUACUAUCCCGGAUUUAGUAAACAUCGUUGAUAAUUUUGACGAUAGUUCGACGCAACAUUCAAUAUCAAAAGCGGGCGAAAUAACAAAUACAAUGGAUAGUGUGACAACAGAACUUAACUUUCAAAUAAGUACUAUCCCGAAUUUAGUAAACAUCGUUGAUAAUUUUGACGAUAGCUCGACGCAACAUUCAAUAUCAAAAGCGGGCGAAAUAACAAAUACAAUGGAUAGCAUGACAACAGAACCUAACGUUCAAAUAAAUACUGUUCCUAAUUUAAUAAACAACAGUGAUAGUUUCGUUGAAAUUUCAACACAAUAUUUUGUACCCAAAUCUGCUGAAACUACAUCACUACGUGAUGAAAAUAUAGAAGCGAUAACUUUUAAUGAUGAUAUUGAAUCCAUUUUAACGACUACUGCAAUCGACGGUCAGGCAUUAACAACCGAAAACAAUAUAGAUUCGACUCAACUGCAGCAAGAUUUAUUUAAAACAACUACUUCAAAUUCUAUUGAAAAUCAAACAAAAUAUUUCAAUAGCAAUUAUGACGAUAAUUUAUCGUCGACCACUAUCACAUCAGAUAUUUCUAUUAACCCCAAUAUAAUAACAGAAAGUGUCACUGAGCCACAGAAUAAUAAAAUAAAUAUUGAAACGACCGAGUUUUCGGAAAAUUUAACGGAAAAAACUAAAAUCGAUGUGUCCAAUAAAUUGUCUUUAACUACAACACCUGAUGAUUUUAAAACUGAUAUUACUGAUGAUUUGAUAAACGAUAUUGACAUAACUACUCAAAAUGCAAUUCGUGGUUACGAUUCAAAUAUGGUAGAAAUUACAACGAAAAAUACUAAAAAAAAUCUUACAAAGCUCAAUAAUGAUAAUAAUAAUAAUUUUAAAAUUACAUCAAUGUUCGAUAGUGAUAAUAUGCACACAAGUACUGACAAAAGUACCUUAUUUAAUCAAAAUGAAUCUAUAGAGAGUUCAACGAACUUAAUAAUUUCCACAACUACCGAUAACACUUUAAAUGUCGAUACUGAACAAACGGUUGUGGAAACUACAUCAAAUUUAAAUUUUAUAUCCAGUACUGUUCAAAGUAUGAGCGAAAAUCAUGAAGUUACAACGGAAAAUUCAAACGAAUCUAUGGACUCUAGAACAAUUUAUCCCGACGAAGAAAAUGAAAUAAAAAAUAAUGCACAAAGUACAACAACAUCAUACUUGGAAAUAAGUACUGAAUAUGCUAAAAACAACGUGGAAAACAAUUUAACAGACAAUCCUAAUGUUGUAGAAUUUAGCGAAACUACAAUUUCCACUGAGUUAGAUAACAAUUUACAAGUUAAAAAUAUUACUUCAUACUUAGAAAUUACUACAUUAAAUGAACUCCCUGUGUCUAUAAGUACAAACAAUCAAGAAGCCACAACAUUAGUUACAUUAAACAAAUUUUUUGAUUCUAAAUAUAAUAUUACGACUGAUUUAAAUAGUAACGAAGAAAUAACAACAACCAAGUCGAAUUUGCUAACAACUACUUAUAAUUACUUAAAUGAGGUUACUAAUCAAUAUAAUGAAAACGAUCAAGUUCUAACCACAAAAAGUUCAGAAAAAGUUGUCGCCAUUAUUAUCAAAAAUACAACUGACAUUUUUGAUGAAAAAAAUGAACCUGUCUAUACAACUACAAAUCCUGCUUCGCAUUCAAUGACAACAAUUGGGGACAUACGAAUCGAUGCCGAAAAAACUCCUGACGAUGAAUCUACAACUAUUGCCAAGAUAAUAAAUGACAUUGAUACGACAUCUAUAGAUAUAAUAUACGAAGAAAUAAAAACGACGACAGUAAACUCGAUCAAUAAAAAUAAAGAAAACGAUUUUACACUUGUUAAUUCAAUAGAAACGACUCUCCGCCCGAUGACAAUUAGUUCAAACGCAGAAAUCAUAACUUCAAAUAAUCAAAUUGAUGAGUACACAACCGUGAAUGGCGUUGAGUUCAAUAACUCAACCGAAGAAAACACUCAGCGACCUAUACCAACAGAUGAAAAUGAAGCGGCAAUCACCGUGACGACAUUCAAUCAUCGAACAACGAAUGAAUCUGUAGGGCAUCCGUUUAAUUCGAUUGAUGCAGGUGACAAAGUGACGACUAGUGCACCCGAAUUUACUACUCAAAUUGUCGAGUCGUCAAUAGUGCCCGGUUUAGUAAAUAUAAACGAUAGUAACGUGUCUCAAGACGUUAAAAAAAAAUGGGAAAUGUUGUUUGGCGGUACAGAAAGUGUAAGUGUACCGUCCGUAAGUAAAUCUUCGACCGUUGUGAGAACCAGACUUACGACAGUAAUUAACGGUAUGGAAGAAACCGUAUUAAAUACAGAACCCACCGAGGCAAUUGUUUCGAAAGAAAUUUUUACUGAAAACUACAUAGUAACAAACGGUUCUGUAAACAACGACGUAGCUAAUAAUAUGGGAUAUGAUUUAACAACGACCGUUCGUACACGUGGGAAAAAUGAAAGCGUUAUAACAUCAACUGACGUCGCGGAUAGAGAUGAUACAAUCUAUGCAAACGAAAUGUAUACAAUGGAUAAUGAGGUAACCACUGAAUCAGAUUUUGAAAGAAAAAACGAAUCUAUUGUUUCAACACAAAUUCAAGGAGACCGGACCGAUAACAUUUUAGUUGGCGGCGAUCAAACAACACAACAAAUUAUGACGUUCGGUUCAAUAAAUAAUACGUUAUUUGAAACCAUCACUGAAAAUACACCUAUGGCAACGGACAGCGCGAUAUUUGCAUCUAAAGAUACGGAUUUCAAAUAUUCCAAUCGAGAAACGACCACGGUCACAAUUAUCACCAUGGCAGAUUGGAUUAAGACUAAGAGUACCACUCCGAAAGAAUCUUCUAAUGAAAUCGAUACCGAGAAAAGCGUAGAAAACAAUUUAUUUAACUCUCCGACAGAUUUCAACGCACCCAAAAACGAUGAAUUCGUUACGACAGACAUUCCGCUGGAGCCGUUGGCAAAAACAGACGACGUAGACCAAACCGAAACGUCUUCGGUCAUAUCAAUAAAUGACGCUACUACGAUGAUAAAUUUGUUUACAACUUCUAUAGAAGUGCUUGUGUCGAAAUUAAAUACUGAAAACGAUUCGACAACUACUGCUGAAAAUGAAAUUACCACUACUAAUGUAGUUACAAGUGCAUUUGCAGAAAAUUAUGAGACAACAACUAUUACAGACUCGAAAAAAAGUGGUUCCGCCAACACGCCCUUAAAUCCAUACGGAAUUAUAUAUGACUCAACGACAAUUCAAAACAAUGCGGAUGUGACCGCCGAGUUUAACAACACCACCGAUAGCCCCGCGGAAAAAUUUACUAUUUUACCAACCGAAGAGACUACGUUCGAAUUUCGAACAGAUUCUCCUUACACUACCAAUUUUAAUAACGAAUCGACAUCCCGUAAUACCGACCAAGACACGACGGACUUGAAUGAUAAUACUAAUUAUAAUAUGUUGACUACAACCGAAUACACUAUAACGUCUAAGAGUAUUGAAGUUGAAGAUGUGACUGUAUUACCCACAAACCACGACCAAACUAAUAUAAACAACAGCUACUCUGAACAACAAAUAAUAACCACAGCAACCAGAAAAUGGUGUUGGAACGAUACCGAUUGUGAUGCCGGCCACAAGUGUUUGGCAGCCAAGUGUCUACCAACAGGUGAAAGCCGCGUAAAUAACUGUCCGCCCGGAAUCAUCACAUUACAGUGUCUUAAAGCACCAGGUACCGCGAAAAAGCCGCAAGUAUGCGAAUCCGACACGGAAUGUCUGGACUCGGAAGCUUGCUACAUGGGACAGUGUGAGAAUCUGUGUAGUUUCGCGACGGUAUGCGCGCCAAAUGCCAAAUGCCACGUGAUAAAACAUAGACCCGUGUGUUCGUGUCCCCCAGGAUACGAAGGAAAUCCGGCUACAAAGUGUUAUCAACCAAAACUAUUAACCUGUAAUACGAACAACGAUUGUACAAAUGGCGAAGUUUGCAUCCAGCAAAUUUGCCAAAACCAAUGCACCGUUCACAACCCGUGCGCUCAAAAUGCAGCGUGCAUUAACACCGCUCACGGAGUCGAUUGUAGCUGCGUAGAAGGAUUUCAAGGAAACGGAUUUGUAGGAUGUCUACCAGUUCGAUCGUACAAGCCCAUUUGUCAAUACAAUGAAGACUGUCCACCAGAUAAAUUAUGUGAUAGAUUAAAUCGCGUCUGUAUAAAUCCUUGUGCGGAAGACUCUUGCGGUGAAAAUGCCGAAUGUUAUCCUGUAAACCAUGGUACAGAAUGCAGAUGUUUACAAGGCCAUCAAGGAAAUCCAUACAUAUCUUGUGCAUCAGUCACCGGAUGUCGGUCGAACAAAGAAUGCUCAACUAAUGAGGCGUGUAUAAAUGGAAAAUGCUCUAACCCAUGCCGAUGUGGUCCAAAUGCUGUAUGCGAUGUUGUGAAUCACAAAGCAACAUGCAAAUGUCUUGCCGGCUACAACGGAAAUCCAUUAGUAGGAUGUCAAGCACCUCAAAAUCCAUGCGAUCCAAAUCCUUGUGGAAUGCACGCCCUUUGCGAAAUCGACAAUGGAAAUCCAAUUUGUUACUGUCCGAAAGGAAUGACAGGAAAUCCAUUUAAAAGCUGCAUUCCUGAAGGUGAUGAAUGCUCGCCAAAUCCGUGUGGCCCCUACUCUGGAUGUAGAGUAGUACAAGGUUCUGCAGUUUGUUUCUGUUUAUCUGAGUAUGAAGGAGAUCCUCCUAUCACGCCUUGCCGUUUACCAACCAAUCCUUGCACACCAUCUCCAUGUGGACCUAACACACAAUGUACAUUGUUGGAUAAUGGAUUUUCCAAAUGCACAUGUUUACCAGGCUACAUUGAGAGUCCAAACACAAUACGUGGAUGUGUAGAGAAAAAGAAUCCAUGUGAGCCAAAUCCUUGUGGACAAAGCGCAGUAUGUGAUCCAAACAGGCAACCAUCAUGUUUCUGCCCCGAUCCAUUAAUUGGAAAUCCAUACAAGUUUUGUGGUGAACCACUGAAAACCUUAUGUCAACCGGGACCUUGUGGAGUAAAUGCAGAUUGUUAUGUAACUGGAAGUAAUGAACAAUGUUACUGUAAAAAUGGCUAUUCUGGAAACCCUUACAAUGGCUGUACUUUAAUUCCAACGAGUCCUUGUGAACCAAAUCCAUGUGGAAAAUAUGCUUACUGCAAAAUUUCAUCUGAAGGAAAACCAUUAUGUUCCUGUCCUGAUGGUAUGGGUGGAAACCCACUAACAGGAUGUAAAGGUCCAGAAUGUUCAACUAAUGAUGAAUGUCCAUGGGAUAAAUCAUGCUUAGGUUAUAAAUGUAAUGAUCCAUGUCCAGGAGCGUGUGGAGUAGGUGCUUCAUGCAAAGUUGAAAACCAUCGCCCCGUAUGUACAUGUAAUCGUGGACUAACUGGAAAUCCAUUAUUCCGUUGUUAUCAAAUAAGUUCAGAUCCAGCUCCAACUGGAAAUCCGUGUUUGCCCAACCCGUGUGGAAUUAAUACUGAAUGUAAAAUUCAAAAUCGUAAACCAGUUUGUUCUUGUCUACCCAAUUUCGUUGGUGAUCCCAAGACCGGAUGUCAGCCAGAGUGCGUUUUAAACACUGACUGUAAGAAUCAUCAAGCUUGUAUUGAUUACCGUUGUCGAGAUCCAUGUGCAUUUGGAAAUAUUUGUGGUCUUGGAGCUGUAUGUCAAUGCAAAGAUCAUACACCACUAUGUUCUUGCAGAGAAGGUUUUGUUGGAGACCCAUUCCUACAAUGUUUACCAAAACCUGACGACGAGCCAUUUAAAAACAUGACUCUUCCUUGUGCGCCUUCACCGUGUGAUCCAUAUGCUUCUUGUAAUGUGUAUGGUGGUCAAAUAGCUAUGUGUGAUCCCUGCUCUUCAACUGAACAGCAAUGGAAUCCACAAUGCCAUCCUCAGUGUUUAUACAACUCUGAUUGUCCGUUCAAUUUAGCUUGUGUGGGACAAAAAUGUAUUGAUCCUUGUCCGGGAUCGUGUGGUAUUCAAGCUGAAUGUACUGUUGUAUAUCAUAAUCCAAUUUGUUCGUGUCAAUCAGGACUAAUAGGAAAUCCAUAUGAACAUUGUACAACUCCAAAACAAAAUGAUGUGGCCAAGCCUCUUACAUGUGAUCAAGUACAAUGUGGAGCAAAUGCUGUAUGCAAAAAAUCAAACGGAAUGACUGUCUGCGUUUGUCGUCAACAGUACUACGGAAAUCCAUACUUAUCGUGCAGACCCGAAUGUGUUAUUAAUACUGAUUGUGGUCAAACAUUAGCUUGUAUUAAUAACAAAUGCGUUAAUCCUUGUUUGGGAGUAUGUGGCGUUAAUGCUCAAUGCCAAGUAGUUAAUCAUUUCCCUGUAUGUUUCUGUCAACAAGAUUAUUCAGGAGACCCGUUCGUUAGCUGUUAUCAAGCUGCUAGACCAAAUUAUCCACCAAUAAUGGGCCCAGCAGAUAAUGCUUGUGACCCCUCUCCGUGUGGUUCCAAUAGCCGCUGUCAUAUUUCAGAACAAGGAUUUGCAACAUGCUCGUGCUUGCCAGGAUAUCGUGGUUCUCCACCAGUAUGUAAACCGGAAUGUGUUGUAAGCGCGGAAUGUCCUCAAACUCAAGCUUGCUUAAAUCAAAAAUGUGUUGACCCAUGUCCCGGUACAUGUGGUGUUGGAGCUAAUUGUUAUUCUAUUUGCCAUAACCCGAUCUGUAGUUGUCCACCAGGACACGUUGGUGAUCCAUUCGUAAGCUGUCAUUUACCUCUUGGCGAAGAAACACCUAAAAUACCAGGAAAUCCUUGUGAACCUACACCGUGUGGUCCAAAUUCGAUUUGUGAAAUUAAAAAAGGACAUCCCGUUUGUUCAUGUUCCCCGAAUUAUAUUGGAAGUCCGCCUUAUUGCCGACCAGAAUGUAUAAUGAAUCACGAAUGUCCACACAACAAAGCAUGUAUUCAAGAAAAAUGUCAAAACCCGUGCACAAAAUCGUGCGGCUUGAAUGCUAAAUGUGAUGUUGUUAAUCAUACACCAUUCUGUACAUGCGAAUCUGGUUAUGAAGGAGAUGCAUUUAUUAGCUGUACUAGAAUCCCACCAACUGUAUUACCUGAAAUUCCAAGAGAUCCGUGUAAUCCAUCGCCAUGUGGUGAAAAUACACAAUGUUUUAGUGAAAACAAUGGAGUUUCAAAAUGUGUAUGCAUACCACCUUACAUCGGCAACCCUUACUCGGGAGGUUGUAGGCCUGAAUGUUUGAUGAACAGUGAUUGUAUGUCAAAUUUGGCAUGUUUGGCUAGCCAUUGUCGAGAUCCGUGCCCAGGUGUAUGCGGUCUCAAUGCUCAAUGUAAUGUUGUUAGCCAUGUACCAGUUUGUACUUGUUUCCCCGGAUAUGUCGGAGAUCCAUUCCAAUCUUGUAGAAGAGAACCAAUUAGCCCACCUAUUCCCCAAAAUCCUUGUGAACCUUCACCUUGUGGUCCAAAUAGUCAAUGCCGUACCCAGGGUUAUAAUGCAGUUUGCUCAUGUAUACAAGGUUUUAUCGGCACCCCUCCAUCUUGUCGCCCAGAAUGCGUUGUAAGUGCUGAAUGUCCAGUAGACAAGGCAUGUAUAGCACAAAAGUGUUCAGAUCCUUGUCCUGGAACAUGUGGAUUGCAUGCUCGGUGUAAUGUCAUUAAUCACAAUCCCAUUUGCACUUGUCCACCGAAAUUCGUUGGUGAUCCAUUUGUGAGGUGUAUUCAAGAAGAACCAAAAACUCCCCCGGUUGUCUACCAAGAUCCUUGUUUCCCGUCGCCAUGUGGUGCUAAUUCUGAGUGUAGAGAACAUGAUAGUAGACCAGUUUGUUCGUGUUUACCGGGAAUGCUUGGAGCUCCUCCAAACUGUCGACCAGAAUGUUUAAUUCAUGCUGACUGCCCCACUAGAUUAGCUUGUCUACAGAGUAAAUGCCGAGAUCCUUGUACCGGAUCUUGUGGGUUCAAUUCUAGAUGUACUGUAAUCAACCAUCAACCAGUGUGUUCAUGUGAGCCGGGCUACCAAGGUGAUCCAUUUAAUGGAUGUAAUGCUGUUGCAGCUAUUGAUUAUACGCCUGUUACUCCUUGCAACCCUUCACCGUGUGGAGCAAACGCUGUAUGUAAAGAAUCAAAUGGUGCUGGUUCUUGUUCAUGUAUCCCAGAAUAUUUCGGCGAUCCGUACUCCGGAUGUCGACCAGAAUGUGUAAACAAUCUCGAUUGUGCGUGGAAUAAAGCAUGCAUCAAUUACAAAUGUAUAGAUCCUUGUAUUGGUGCUUGUGGUUUAUAUGCAGAGUGUAAAGUCAGCAACCAUGCUCCGACUUGCUAUUGUUUGCCAGGGUACACUGGAAGCGCUUUAUUAUCAUGUCAUAAAAUUGAGUUUGAUCCAACAUGUGAAGUUGAUUUGAUUAUUACGAAAAACCCUUGCAUGAAAUCGCCUUGUGGGCAAUAUAGUCAAUGCCGAGCUGUAAAUGGCCAUGCAGUAUGCUCUUGUUUACCUGGUUACUUUGGAAAUCCUCCAAAUUGUCAUCCAGAAUGCAUUACUAGUUCGGAUUGUCCACAAGAUAAAUCAUGUGUAAAUCAAAUUUGUUCAGACCCAUGUCCAGGCACAUGUGGUUACAACGCACAAUGUCGAGUUGUGAAUCAUAGUCCAAUAUGUAGUUGCUACUCGGGUUAUUACGGUGAUCCAUUUGUUCGUUGUGCUAUUAUUGAAAAGCCUUUGCCACCAGAACAGGAUAGACUACCACAGAAUCCUUGUGUUCCAUCACCGUGCGGUCCAAAUUCUAUAUGUCUUCCCAAAGAUAGUAUUCCUACCUGCUCUUGUUUACCAAAUUAUAUUGGCCGACCUCCUUGUUGUAGACCAGAAUGCACAAUAAAUGCCGAAUGCUUUGGCAAUUUGGCUUGUGUUAAUGAAAGGUGUAUAGAUCCUUGUCCCGGUUCUUGCGGCAUUAACGCCUUUUGUAAAGUUAUUUCCCAUAAUCCUGUAUGCAAAUGUAAUGACGGGUAUACCGGCGAUCCAUUUAUAGCCUGUCGACCAACACCAAUUUCACUUCCACCACCAGCAGAUGUGCCAAGUGAUCCAUGUAACCCAUCACCAUGUGGUGCAAAUGCUAUUUGCAAGGAAAGAAAUAAUGCUGGAUCUUGCACAUGUAUCCCUGAAUAUACAGGAGAUCCUUAUACGGGAUGUAGACCAGAGUGUGUGCUAAAUAGUGAAUGUCCUAGAGACAGAGCUUGCAUAAACAAUAAGUGUCGUGACCCGUGUCCAGGAAUGUGUGGUUUAUAUGCUGAAUGCAGAGUUAUCAACCAUUCUCCUUCAUGUGCUUGUCUUCCAGGAUAUACUGGCAAUCCAUUGUCUGCUUGUCAACUUCUCCCAGUUGCCAGCCCAGAUCUACCACCUAAAAACCCUUGCAUACCUUCACCUUGUGGCCCGUACAGUCAAUGCAGGACAAUAAAUGACCAUGCUGUUUGUUCGUGUCAAACAAACUAUAUCGGUACACCCCCAGCUUGUCACCCAGAAUGUAUGGUUAGCUCUGAAUGCGCUCAAGAUAAGGCAUGUGUCAAUCAAAAAUGUGUAGACCCAUGUCCCGGAACCUGUGGUCUUAAUGCAAGGUGCCAAGUUGUCAACCACAAUCCAAUAUGUAGCUGUUCAGCUGGGUACACUGGCGAUCCAUUUGUCCGGUGUUUACAAGAAAAACCAACAUAUUACGAUGAACCAUCAAUUCCCACUAAUCCGUGUGUUCCAUCUCCGUGUGGACCCAAUUCUUUAUGCCGUGAUCACAGUGGUACUCCUGCGUGUUCGUGUUUAUCUAAUUAUAUUGGUCGACCACCAAAUUGUCGCCCAGAAUGUACGAUUAAUGCUGAAUGCCCUGGAAAUCUCGCUUGUGUAAAUGAAAAAUGUCGAGAUCCGUGCCCAGGCUCAUGUGGUAUAUACGCGACGUGUAAUACAGUUAAACAUGUACCUCAGUGUGUUUGUCAAAAUGGAUAUACUGGAGAUCCAUUUAGUGGAUGCUCGCUUAUACAACAAACUCCAACUGAAGGGCCAAAGAUGCCAUGCAACCCAUCACCAUGUGGAGCAAAUGCAAUAUGUAAAGAACGAAAUGGUGCUGGCUCUUGUUCGUGUUUACCGGAAUAUUUUGGAGAUCCAUAUACUGGAUGUAGGCCAGAAUGUGUGACGAAUUCUGAUUGUGAUCGUAGUAAAUCUUGUAUGAACAAUAAAUGUCGCGAUCCAUGUCCAGGAGUUUGUGGUUUAAAUGCAGAAUGCAGGGUAAUUAACCACUCUCCAUCUUGCUAUUGUCCAGUGGGUUAUACUGGAGAUCCAACGUUAUCUUGCUACAUUCAACCAUUACUUGAUCCAGAACCACCUACAAAUCCAUGUAUUCCUUCACCAUGUGGUCCUUACAGUCAAUGUAGACCUGUCAAUAAUCAUGCUGUAUGUUCAUGCCAAACAGAUUACAUAGGAACACCACCAGCUUGUCGGCCAGAGUGUAUGGUGAGCUCUGAAUGUCCGCAGGACAAAGCUUGUGUUAGAAAGAAAUGUAUAGACCCAUGCCCUGGUACAUGUGGAUCAAAUGGAAGAUGUCAAGUAGUCAAUCAUAGUCCAAUUUGCAGUUGUCCUCCAGGUUAUAAUGGGGAUCCAUUUGUACGGUGUUUCAAAGAACAACCUCCGCCAGCUGAUAUACCAUCCAAUCCAUGUGUUCCAUCACCAUGUGGACCAAAUUCAGUAUGUCGUGAAAUCGGUAACACUCCAGCAUGUUCAUGUUUGGACAGUUACAUUGGACGACCACCUAAUUGCCGACCAGAAUGUACCAUCAAUGCCGAAUGUCCAGGAAAUUUAGCGUGUUCAAAAGAAAGAUGUAAAGACCCAUGUCCUGGUUCAUGUGGAAUAUAUGCUUCGUGUGUAACAAUAAACCAUAGUCCACAAUGUAAUUGUGAACCAGGUUACACGGGAGAUCCAUUUGCUGGAUGUUCUCUUAUACAACAAGUUGUCCCAACCGAAGGACCAAAAAUGCCCUGUAAUCCAUCUCCAUGUGGAGCAAACGCUAUAUGUAAAGAACGUAAUGGAGCAGGAUCUUGUAUAUGUUUACCAGAAUAUUUUGGUGAUCCUUACACGGGAUGUAGACCAGAAUGUGUGACUAAUUCAGAAUGUGAUAGGAGUAAAGCAUGCGUAAAUAAUAAAUGCCGUGAUCCUUGUCCUGGUACAUGUGGUCUUAACGCAGAAUGCAGUGUCAUAAAUCACGCACCAUCGUGUACAUGUUUCCCAGGUUAUACUGGCAAUCCAAUUACCGCAUGUCAUAUGCCACCACCAAUGGAUGAAAUACCUAAAAAUCCAUGUGAACCGUCACCGUGUGGGCCUUAUAGCAUAUGUAGAACUGUAAAUGGUCAUGCAGUGUGUUCUUGUCAAACUAACUAUGUCGGUACACCUCCAGGAUGUCGUCCAGAGUGUGUAGUUAGUUCAGAAUGUCCUCAAAACAGAGCUUGUAUUAACCAAAAAUGUUCAGACCCUUGUAUUGGAAUAUGUGGUAUUGGAGCCAGAUGUCAAGUUAUAAACCAUAAUCCAAUUUGCAGUUGUCCAAAUGGUUUAAUUGGCGAUCCUUUUGUUCAAUGCAAAUCUGAACCACGACCAACUCAGCCACCACCUAGUGGAAAUCCUUGUGUCCCAUCUCCAUGUGGUCUAAAUUCAAUAUGUCGUGAAGUGGGCUCAACACCAGCAUGCUCUUGUCUGCCAAACUAUAUAGGAAGACCACCAAACUGUCGCCCUGAAUGUUCGAUCAAUGCAGAAUGUCCAGGAAAUCUUGCUUGCUUAAAUGAACGUUGUAAAGAUCCUUGUCCUGGUUCUUGUGGAGUACACGCAACUUGCGUAACACGUAACCAUAGACCACAGUGUACUUGUGAAACUGGAUAUACAGGAGAUCCAUUUGCAGGAUGUUCUAUUGUUCAACAAAUUCCUCCCACUGAAGGACCAAGAGAUCCAUGCAAUCCAUCACCAUGUGGAGCUAAUGCAAUUUGUCGAGAAAAGAACGGUGCUGGCUCUUGUGUUUGUCUUCCUGAAUAUUUCGGUGAUCCAUACACAGGGUGCAGGCCUGAAUGUGUUACAAAUGCAGAUUGUGAUCGUACAAAAGCAUGUGCAAAUAAUAAAUGUAAAGACCCAUGCCCUGGAACAUGUGGCCUCAAUGCAGAAUGCAAAGUUCUAAACCAUGCACCUUCAUGUAGUUGUAUACCAGGAUAUACUGGUGAUCCGUUAAGCAUUUGUAAUGUUAUACCCAUAACUGAAGCUACACCAAUAGAUCCUUGUGUUCCAUCUCCAUGUGGACCUAACAGUCAAUGCAGAGAAUUAAACGACCAUGCCGUUUGUUCUUGUUUAAGUUCUUAUAUCGGUACACCCCCAUCUUGUCGUCCUGAAUGCGUUGUCAGUUCAGAGUGUAGUCAAAAUAAAGCUUGUGUUAAUCAAAAAUGUAGUGACCCCUGCAUUGGCACUUGUGGCCUGAAUACAAGGUGUCAAGUAGUAAAUCACAAUCCCAUUUGUAGCUGUUCCCCUGGAUAUACGGGCGAUCCUUUUGCUUCUUGCAAUAAAAUACAACCCACAACCACUCCUUCACCACCUACAGCCCCUUGCUCUCCGUCACCUUGCGGACCUCACUCUCAAUGUAGAGUGGUGAGCAAUACAGCUGCUUGCUCUUGUUUGCAAAACUACAUUGGUCGGCCACCCAAUUGUAGGCCUGAGUGUGUUAUUAGCGCGGAAUGUUCAAGUAACUUGGCAUGUAUCAAUGAAAAAUGCUCUGAUCCAUGCCCAGGAUCAUGUGGACAAUAUGCUCAUUGUAGAGUGAUCAAUCACCACCCAGUUUGUACUUGUUUACCGGGGUACACUGGUGAUGCGCUUACAUAUUGCCAACUGUUACCUACCUCAACUGAAAGAUCACCAGAAGCUGUAGAUCCUUGUUAUCCGUCACCGUGUGGUCCAAAUUCAGAUUGUGUCAACCGAAAUGGGGUAGCUGCUUGUACGUGCUCUACAGGAUUUUUCGGUGAUCCUUAUACGGGAUGUCGAAGAGAAUGUGAAAACAAUGACGAUUGCAAUUUGGCUUUAGCUUGCAUUGGCUAUAAAUGUAUAGAUCCUUGUCCAGGAACUUGUGGUUCUGAGGCAUUAUGUACGGUUGUGAAACAUAUACCUAUUUGCUCUUGUCCGCCAUCGUUUACUGGUGAUCCAUUUACCUCUUGUCGUCCAAUACCAGUUAUCCCAACCCAGAGAGAACCAAUUGACCCAUGUCAUCCGUCACCGUGUGGACCUAACAGUCAAUGUCGUAAAAUUAACGACCAAGCUGUUUGUUCUUGUUUGCCAAAUUAUAUGGGUAGUCCACCAGAAUGUAGACCUGAAUGUGUUGUCAGUUCAGAAUGUCCAUUGGAUAAAGCUUGUACAAAUCAAAAGUGUUUGGAUCCAUGUCCAAAUACUUGCGGUAUUCAAGCUUUAUGUACUGUGAGAAAUCAUAACCCAAUUUGUGCCUGCCCAGCUGGAUAUUCUGGAGAUCCAUUCUCACUUUGUGCCUUAAUACCUACUACGCCAACACCUCCAGUAACUGAACGUCCAGCAUCGUGUUAUCCAACACCAUGUGGACCUAACUCGCAAUGCCAAAUACAAAACGGAAUUCCAGUAUGCUCAUGUCUACCAGAUUUUAUAGGUUCACCGCCUUCAUGCAGACCUGAAUGUGUUAUAAGUGCUGAAUGCCCAAGUCAAUUGGCUUGUAUGAACCAAAAAUGUCGAGACCCAUGUGUGGGCUCAUGUGGACUAAAUGCGAAUUGUCAUGUACUAAAUCAUGUUCCUAUUUGUACUUGUAAUAAUGGUUUAACUGGAGAUCCAUUCGCCUUAUGUACACAAAUACAAAUAACUACUGAGAGACCAUUAGCAUCUGAUCCUUGUAAUCCAUCGCCUUGCGGACCAAAUGCAAUCUGCAAAGGAAAUGGGAAUUGCGAGUGCUUGCCAGAAUAUACAGGAAACCCCUAUGAGAAUUGUCGUCCAGAAUGUGUCUUGAAUACAGAAUGCUCUAGAGACAAGGCAUGCAUGAGAAAUAAAUGUCGCGAUCCAUGUAUUGGAACUUGCGGACAAGGUGCAAAUUGUGACGUAGUGAAUCACAUUCCGAUUUGUUCAUGCCCAACCAAAUAUUCAGGAGAUCCGUUCACAAUUUGUCGACCAGUUCCAGAGGAUGUCCCUGUAUCAAGUGACCCAUGCAAUCCAUCACCUUGUGGUCCUUAUAGCCAAUGUCGAAACACAAAUAAUCAUGCAGUGUGUUCUUGUUUGCCAAAUUACAUUGGUGCACCACCAUCAUGCCGUCCAGAAUGUACUGUCAGCUCUGAAUGUAAUCCAGAUAAAGCAUGUGUAAACAUGAAAUGCAUCAACCCAUGUAUAGGAGCUUGUGGUUCUGGAGCUAGAUGUGAAGUAAUUAAUCAUAGUCCAAUCUGCAGUUGUAGAGAAGGACAAACUGGAGAUCCAUUCAGAAGCUGUUAUUUAAUUCCAAAGCCAGUACUUCCACCUCAAAAUGAUCCGCCAAAACUCCCAUGUGUCCCUUCACCGUGUGGUCCAAAUUCUCAAUGUAUUGCUUCUGGGAAUAACCCAUCAUGUUCAUGUUUACCAUCUUACAUUGGAGCUCCACCAAAUUGUCGACCAGAAUGUAUAAUAAACCCUGAUUGUCCAUCAACUCUUGCUUGCAUCAACAACAAAUGUAGAGAUCCAUGUCCAGGAUCUUGUGGAAGUGAUGCUCAUUGCCAAGUCGUUAAUCACGCAGUCUCGUGUUUAUGUCCCACUGGAUAUACAGGAAAUCCAUUUGUUCAAUGCAUUUAUCAACAAGAAAAUUUAAAUCCAUGUGAACCAUCUCCGUGUGGAGCAAAUGCAAUAUGCAAACAACAAGAUGGUGCCGGAUCUUGUUCAUGCAUUAAUGAUUAUUAUGGAAAUCCAUAUGAAGGUUGCCGACCUGAAUGUGUUCACAGUUCAGACUGUCCUACAAAUAAAGCAUGUAUUGGAAAUAAAUGUGUUGAUCCUUGUCCCGGAGUAUGUGGAGUAGAUGCUGUUUGUACAGUUAUUAGCCAUGUUCCAACUUGCAACUGUAUACCAGGUUAUAUAGGAAAUCCAUUUACGUACUGUCAACUUCAACCUCCAACAACUCAAGCCACUGUAUAUGACCCUUGUAAUCCAUCGCCGUGUGGUCCUAACAGCCAAUGUAAAAAUGUAAACCAACAAGGCGUAUGUUCUUGUCAAAAAGAAUAUCAAGGAACUCCACCAAACUGUAGACCUGAGUGUGUCGUAAACAAUGAAUGUCCAUCGAACAGAGCUUGUCAUAAAUUCAAAUGCACAGAUCCUUGUCCUGGAACGUGUGGACUAAAUGCACGCUGUGAAGUUAUCAAUCAUAGUCCAAUUUGCACUUGUUCGCCUGGUUUAAUCGGUGAUCCUUUCACAAGAUGUUAUCCACAACCAGUGAAACCAUUAGAUGAACCAGUAAUACCUACAAAUCCUUGUAUUCCCUCGCCGUGUGGACCAAAUUCUGAGUGUCGACCAGUUGGAAAUCAACCAUCAUGUUCGUGUCGUACAAAUUAUGUUGGUUCUCCUCCAAACUGUCGACCCGAAUGCUCCGUUAACUCUGACUGUCCUUCUAUGUUAUCUUGUAUAUCAGAUAAGUGUAGAGAUCCGUGUUAUGGCUCUUGUGGCUUAAAUACAGACUGUAGAGUUCAAAAUCAUAUACCAACUUGUACAUGUAUCGCUGGACACAAUGGUGAUCCAUUUACGCAAUGUGUUCCAAUAAUAGUGCAACCAACACUAGCAACACCAACCGAUCCAUGUAAUCCAUCACCUUGCGGUUCCAAUACGCAGUGUUACAAUGGAGUUUGUCAAUGUUUAGCUAACUAUUUUGGAGAUCCAUCAAUAGGUUGUAGGCCUGAAUGUACAAUGAAUACGGAUUGUCCUAGAAAUAAAGCAUGUUUAAACCAAAAGUGUCAAGAUCCUUGUCCAGGCACUUGUGGUCAAGGAGCCAUAUGUGAUGUCAUCAACCAUAUUCCAACAUGUAGUUGUCCCACUGGAACUGUUGGCGAUGCAUUUGUUAUCUGUAGACCUAUUAAAGUUCAAGAUGAACCAUCCAGAGACCCAUGUAAUCCUUCGCCAUGUGGACCAAAUAGCGUUUGUCGUGUAGUCGAAGGACAUGCUGUUUGUUCAUGUCAAAAUAGUAUGAUCGGUUCACCGCCUUCUUGUCGACCAGAAUGUGUUGUUAGUGCAGAGUGUCCUUUAACUCAAGCAUGUCUCAUGAGCAAAUGCCGUGAUCCUUGUCCUGGAACUUGUGGCCAUCUUGCUAAUUGUAAAGUAGUAAAUCAUAGUCCUAUUUGUACUUGUCCGCCACGGCAUAGUGGAGAUCCAUUUAGAAGCUGUUAUCCUGUUCAAGAAGUAAGACCAACACCAUCGGCUGAUCCAAUUAAUGUUUGUGUUCCAUCACCGUGUGGUCCCAAUUCUGAGUGUAGAGAUCGUGGAGGCGCACCAGCGUGUUCAUGUUUGCCAAAUUAUGUAGGAACGCCACCAUCGUGCAGACCGGAAUGUACAAUUAAUCCUGAAUGUCCUAGUCAUUUAUCAUGUAUUAAUCAAAAAUGUACAGACCCUUGCCCUGGUUCAUGUGGCUCAAAUGCUGCAUGUACUGUUAUUAAUCACACUCCCAUGUGUUCCUGCAAUAAUGGAUUUACUGGAGAUCCGUUUACAUAUUGUCAAUCAGUUCCUGUGUUACCAGUAUACCAAGAACCUCUAAAUCCAUGCAUUCCUUCCCCUUGCGGAAUGAACGCUAUAUGCAAAGAGUAUAAUGGUGCUGGUUCAUGUAGUUGUUUACCGGAAUAUAAUGGAAAUCCAUAUGAAGGCUGUAGGCCAGAAUGCGUCAUAAAUUCUGACUGUACUCCUCAAAAAGCUUGUGUGAAAAAUAAAUGUCAAAAUCCAUGCGCUGGAACUUGUGGUCAAAACGCAGAAUGCUACGUGACUAAUCAUUUGCCAUCAUGUACUUGUAUACCAGGUUUUACUGGAGAUCCAUAUAAAUACUGCAUCCCAGCUCCACCGCCUCAACAAAUACAAGCAGACCCAAUAAAUCCUUGUGUUCCAUCACCAUGUGGACCAAACAGCCAGUGCAAGGUAAUAAAUAACCAAGCUGUGUGUUCAUGUCUACAAUCGUAUGUGGGCAAUCCUCCAAAUUGUAGACCAGAGUGUGUAGUCAACUCAGAAUGUGGUAAACCCAAAGCGUGUCGAAAUUUAAAAUGCGUAGACCCUUGUAUAAAUGCUUGUGGGUCUAAUUCAAAAUGUAAAGUAAUAAAUCACAGCCCAAUAUGUUCAUGUAAAGAAGGAUAUACUGGUGAUCCAUUUUCAAGCUGUUAUGCUAUACAAUAUUUGCCGUCAUUACCAAUACAAAAUGAACCAAUAAAUCCAUGUAUUCCAUCACCAUGUGGCCUGUACUCGUAUUGUAAAGAUUCCAAUGGAUAUCCUUCUUGUUCUUGUCAAGAAAAUUAUAUCGGUUCCCCGCCAAACUGUAGACCCGAAUGUACAAUAAAUGAAGAAUGUCCAAAAGAUAAAGCUUGUAUGAAACAAAAAUGCCAAGACCCGUGUCCUGGUUCAUGUGGUAUCAAUGCCAAUUGUAAUGUUUAUAACCAUAACCCAAUAUGUUCCUGUAUUGAAGGUUACACAGGAGAUCCGUUUACCAGUUGCUAUAUAAAACCAACAUCUCCUCCUAAGCCACAAUAUGACGAUCCAUGUAACCCAUCACCAUGUGGAUCAAAUGCCUUAUGUAAUAAUGGUGUUUGUUCUUGUUUGAGUGAAUAUCAAGGCGAUCCGUACUCUGGCUGUCGUCCAGAAUGUAUUUUAAACACAGAUUGUCCAAUUGUUAAAGCGUGUAUUAAUAAUAAAUGUAAAGAUCCAUGCCAAGGAACAUGUGGAGUAAAUGCAAUUUGUAACGUUUACAAUCAUAUUCCAAUGUGUACGUGUCCCCAAGGCACAAAUGGAAAUGCAUUUAUUCAAUGCACACCAAUCCAAGCAUCUGUUGAAGUUAUCAACCCAUGUGCUCCGUCUCCAUGUGGACCAAAUAGCCAAUGUAAACAAGUUAAUGGUGUAGCAGUGUGUUCAUGCAUAUCUGGAUACUUGGGUGCACCACCUUUAUGUAGACCUGAAUGCACAAUAAAUUCAGACUGUAGUUUGAGUGAAGCUUGUUCAAAUCAAAAGUGUCGAAAUCCAUGUCCUAGUAUUUGUGGAAUCGGAGCAAAAUGUCAAGUCAUAAAUCAUAAUCCAAUUUGUAGCUGUCCACCGGGCUUGAUUGGCGAUCCAUUUACAAGAUGUUAUAAUAAACCUGCUGAUUUACCACAAUACAUUGGCAAUCCUUGUAUUCCAUCUCCGUGUGGACCCAAUUCUCAGUGUAAGGUUCAAGGUGAAUCACCAUCAUGCUCUUGUUUACCUAACUUUAUCGGAUCACCUCCAAAUUGCAAACCGGAAUGUAUCACCAACAGCGAGUGUUCAUAUAAUUUAGCUUGCGCUAAUAUGAAAUGUAAAGAUCCAUGUCCAGGUUCAUGCGCACCAAAUGCUGAAUGUCAUGUAGUAAGCCAUUCGCCAAUAUGUAAAUGUCCAAUUGGAUACGUAGGAGAUCCGUUCACUCAAUGCAUUAUGCAACAAGCUGAUCCAGUACCACAAGAAUACUUAAAUCCAUGUGUACCAUCUCCAUGUGGGACAAAUGCAAUUUGUAAAGAACAAAACGGAGCUGGUUCGUGUACAUGCUUACCUGAAUACUAUGGAAAUCCAUACGAAGGAUGUAGACCGGAAUGCGUUUUAAAUACAGACUGUGCAUCAAACAAAGCAUGCUCUAAUUAUAAGUGUAAAAACCCGUGUCCAGGAACUUGUGGUCAAAAUGCUGAAUGCCAAGUAGUUAAUCAUUUGCCCAUGUGUUCUUGCUAUCAAGGAUAUACUGGUGAUCCAUUUAGAUUCUGUCAUCAAAUACCUCUUCCACAACAAACUGAAAUCGAACCAAUUAACCCAUGUUCACCUUCUCCGUGUGGACCAAAUAGUCAAUGUCGAGAAAUUAACCACCAAGCUGUUUGCUCGUGCCUUCCGACGUAUGUAGGAAGCCCACCUGGAUGUAGACCAGAAUGUGUAACUAAUUCGGAGUGUGCUUUAAAUAUGGCAUGCAUAAAGCAGAAAUGUUCAAAUCCUUGUCCUGAACCGUGUGGACAAAAUUCAAAUUGCAAAGUUAUCAACCACAGCCCUGUUUGUUCAUGUAUUAACGGUUAUACUGGAGAUCCAUUUAUUCGUUGUUAUCAAAUACCUCCACCUCCACCACAAUUCGAUCCAGUUUAUGUCAACCCUUGCGUUCCAUCACCAUGUGGUCCAUAUUCUCAAUGUAGAGAACAGAAUGGUUAUCCGUCUUGUUCUUGUUUAGCUGAAUAUAUCGGAAGUCCUCCAAAUUGCCGUUUUGAAUGUACAAUUAAUGCAGAAUGCCCUAGAGAUAAAGCAUGUAUGAAACAAAAAUGUCAAGAUCCGUGUCCUGGAUCGUGUGGUGUAAACGCGUUAUGCAAUGUAAUGAACCAUACACCAAUUUGCACAUGUCCUGAUAACUAUGAAGGCAAUCCUUUCGAAAACUGCAGACCAAAACCUAUGGAUGUUCCAGAACCAGUAUACUCAGAUCCAUGUAAUCCAUCACCUUGUGGUCCUAACUCUGAUUGCUAUAAUGGUGUUUGUACAUGUAAACCUGAAUUCCAAGGUGAUCCUUACUCAGGAUGCAGACCUGAGUGUGUACUAAAUAACGAUUGUCCCAGAAACAAAGCAUGCAUUAAAAAUAAAUGCAAAGACCCAUGUCCUGGAACCUGUGGAACGAAUGCCAUCUGUGAAGUUUAUAAUCAUAUACCAAUGUGUAGAUGUCCUGAUGGAAUGUAUGGAAACGCGUUCAUAAAUUGUUUGAUACAACAAGAUGUGAUCCCGGUUACGAAUGUAAAUCCAUGCUAUCCAUCUCCAUGUGGACCUAACAGUCAAUGCAAAGAAAUUAAUGGACAAGCAGUAUGCUCAUGUAUAAUCGGCUAUUUAGGAGUACCACCAACGUGUAGACCGGAAUGUACAAUCAAUUCUGAUUGUAACUUAAAUGAAGCAUGUUCAAACCAAAAAUGUCAAGAUCCAUGUCGCGGUGUUUGUGGAAUUGGAGCUAUCUGCCGUGUAUAUAACCAUAAACCUAUUUGUAGUUGUCCUCCAGGACAAACAGGAAAUCCGUUUACUAAUUGCCGCCCAAUACCGGUUCAAGAUCCAAUACCAGUAGAAAAUCCUUGUGUACCAUCUCCGUGUGGACCCAAUUCACAAUGUCAAGUAAAAGGACAGUCACCUUCGUGUUCUUGCUUACCUGACUUUAUUGGUUCACCACCAAACUGCAGACCCGAGUGUAUUAGUAAUGGAGAAUGUCCAUAUCAUUUAGCAUGUAAAAAUAUGAAAUGUAAAGAUCCAUGCCCUGGUACCUGUGGACAAAACGCACAAUGUAAUGUCGUUAGUCAUUCUCCUCAGUGUUACUGCUACCCAGGAUAUGUUGGAGAUCCUUUCACUCAAUGCACAAUACAACAAGCUGAACCAAUAGAAGAAACUUUGAACCCCUGCAUACCAUCACCUUGCGGAGCAAAUGCUAUUUGUAAAGAACAAAAUGGUGCUGGAUCUUGUAGUUGUUUACAGGAAUAUUUUGGAAACCCUUAUGAGCUCUGUAGACCCGAAUGUACAGUAAACACUGAUUGCCCAUCGAAUAAAGCUUGUAUGGGAAAUAAAUGCCUAGAUCCAUGUCCAGGAACAUGUGCCCAAUCCGCAAUUUGUCACGUUUACAACCAUUCACCAACCUGUUCAUGUAAUUAUGGAUACACAGGAGAUCCAUAUAAAUAUUGCAGUCUAAUUCCAUCUCCACCAAUUCAAAAUGAACCGAUAAACCCGUGUUCACCGUCUCCGUGUGGACCACACAGUCAAUGUCGAGAAGUCAACUUCCAAGCUGUAUGUUCAUGUUUAUCAAACUAUAUUGGAAGCCCGCCGAAUUGUCGUCCUGAAUGUCUCAUCAGUCAGGAUUGUUCACAAAAUCUUGCGUGUAUAAAUCAGCAUUGUAUUGAUCCUUGUAUUGGACAAUGUGGUCAAAAUGCACAAUGCAAAACAAUAAAACAUCGUCCAAUAUGUACAUGUAGCCCUGGAUAUACUGGAGACCCGUUCUCCAGAUGUUAUCUGGUUCCACCUUUACCUCCACCUCCACAAGAUGAACCAAUACCAAUAAAUCCAUGUGUACCGUCACCGUGUGGGCCUUAUUCUGAGUGUAGAAACUAUGGAAAUUAUCCUUCUUGUAGUUGUCAGCCACAAUACACUGGAAGCCCGCCAAACUGUAGGCCAGAGUGCACAAUCAAUGCAGAAUGUCCGAGUAAUAAUGCAUGUAUGAAAGAGAAAUGUCGAGAUCCAUGUCCUGGUUCAUGUGGAAUUGGGUCAAUCUGUAACGUGUUGAACCACGUUCCUAUUUGCCAAUGCCCUGAUGGAUACACUGGUGAUCCAUUUGUUAGCUGCUAUCCGAAACCCCAAGCUCCUAUUGCUGACAUAGAAACUGAUCCAUGUAAUCCAUCACCAUGUGGUACAAACGCUAUAUGUAAUAAUGGACUUUGUACUUGUCUCCCUGAAUACCAAGGAGAUCCAUACAUUGGGUGUAGACCAGAAUGUAUUCUCAACGAUGAAUGCUCAAGAGAUAAAGCUUGUAUUCGAAAUAAAUGCGUAAAUCCGUGUCCAGGAACUUGUGGCUACAAUGCUAUUUGUGAAGUAUAUAAUCAUAUACCAAUGUGUCGAUGUCCAGAAGGAUUAGGCGGUGACGCUUUUACUCAAUGUCAGCCAAUAUUACAAGAUCCAAUUAUUAAUCAGCCGUGUAAUCCAUCACCUUGUGGACCAAACAGUCAAUGUAGGGAAAUGAACAAUCAAGCGGUAUGUUCAUGUAUCGUGGGAUAUGUAGGCAGCCCACCAUCGUGUAGACCAGAAUGCACAAUUAAUGCGGAUUGCUAUUUGACCGAAGCUUGUUCAAACCAAAAAUGUAUAAAUCCAUGCAUAGGAACAUGUGGCGUUGGAGCUAAAUGCCAGGUUAUAAAUCAUAAACCGAUAUGUAGCUGUCCACCAAGCAUGACUGGUGAUCCAUUUACACGUUGUCAUGCCAUAUUGGCACUCCCUGAACCUGCGGGUAAUCCAUGUAUACCCUCCCCCUGUGGGCCUAAUUCACAAUGUCAAGUAAAAGGAGAUACACCAUCGUGUUCAUGUUUACCCGAAUUUAUCGGAUCGCCACCAAAUUGUAAACCAGAAUGCAUUAGCAAUAGUGAAUGCUCCUAUAACAAAGCAUGUGUCUAUAUGAAAUGUAAAGAUCCAUGUCCAGGAUCUUGUGGUCAAAAUGCUGUAUGUCAAGUAGUUAGCCAUGUGCCAAGAUGUUCAUGUUUAUCUGGCUAUGUUGGAGAUCCAUUUAUACAAUGUUAUAUUCAACAAGCUGACCCAGUACCAAUUGAGCAUUUAUCUCCAUGUGAACCUUCUCCGUGUGGCACUAAUGCUGUUUGUAAAGAACAAAACGGUGCGGGUUCUUGUAGUUGCCUCCCUGGAUUUGAAGGAAAUCCUUAUGAUGGAUGCAGAUAUGAAUGCACACUUAAUACCGACUGUGCAUCUAAUAAAGCUUGUAUUAGAAAUAAAUGUCAAAAUCCUUGUCCUGGAUCUUGUGGACCAAAUGCCGAGUGUUUAGUUAUAAAUCAUCUUCCUAUGUGUACAUGUUACAAUGGUUACACAGGAGAUCCUUUCAAAUACUGUAAUUUGAUUCCUCCUCAAAUUGUGCAGUCUGAGCCGUAUACUCCUUGUAUUCCAUCACCAUGUGGACCAAAUAGUCAAUGUAAAGAAAUAAAUGGGCAAGCCGUAUGUUCAUGUCUUCCUUCAUAUCACGGAAGUCCUCCUGGUUGUAGACCUGAAUGUGUAUUGAGUUCUGAAUGCAGUGAUAUUCACGCAUGUGUUAAUCAAAAAUGUGUCAAUCCAUGCCCUGGACCGUGCGGUUUAAAUGCUAUAUGUAAAGUUAUAAAACAUAACGCAAUUUGUUCUUGUCAACUCGGGUAUCAAGGGGAUCCGUUCUCCCGUUGUUAUUUAAUACCACCACCUCCACCGCAACAAGAUGAAGUUAUUUAUACUAACCCAUGUAUUCCAUCUCCGUGUGGUUUAUAUUCAGAAUGUAGAGAUAUUGGUGGAGUACCAUCAUGUUCAUGUUUAUCACAAUAUUUCGGUAGUCCGCCAAAUUGUAGACCUGAAUGUGUGUUAAACAACGAUUGUCGAAGCAAUUUAGCAUGUAUUCGAGAGAAAUGUCAAGACCCGUGUCCGGGAUCUUGUGGUAUUGAUGCACACUGCAAUGUGAUAAAUCACACUCCAAAUUGUGUAUGCCGUGAAGGUUUUAUUGGAGAUCCAUUCACAUCAUGUUAUAUAAAACCAAUACAAGACAUCCCAGAACCUAUUGAAAAGGAUCCAUGUAAUCCAUCACCAUGCGGUUCAAAUGCAAUAUGUAAUAAUGGCCAAUGUUCGUGUAUCAAUGAAUACUAUGGCGAUCCAUACUCGGGUUGCAGACCGGAAUGUGUAAUUAACAAUGACUGUCCCAGAGACAAGGCUUGUGUUCGUAAUAAAUGUAUGAAUCCAUGUAAAGACACAUGUGGUGAAAAUGCUAUUUGUGAUGUUUAUAACCAUAUACCAAUGUGCCGCUGUCCUGAAGGAACAGAAGGAAAUGCAUUUAUUAGAUGUACUGCGCUACUACAAGCACCAAUUGAUAUUCAUCCUUGUUAUCCAUCACCAUGUGGACCCAACAGUCACUGUAAAGAAAUUAACAAUCAAGCAGUAUGCUCUUGUAUCAUCGGAUAUUUAGGAGUUCCUCCCUCGUGUCGACCUGAAUGUACUGUAAACUCAGAUUGUAAUAGUAAUAAAGCAUGUUCAAAUCAAAAAUGCAUAGACCCGUGUAUUGGAGUAUGUGGUGUUAACUCAAAAUGUCAAGUUAUCAAUCAUAGCCCCAUUUGUAGUUGCAUACCUAGUUUUACGGGAAAUCCGUUUGUUCGAUGUUAUCCAAAACCUGCUGAUAUCCCACAACCUGUUGGAAAUCCAUGUAUUCCAUCACCGUGUGGGCCAAAUUCUCAAUGUAAAGUUCAAGGUACAUCGCCAUCAUGUUCUUGUUUACCUGAAUUUAUUGGCUCGCCUCCAAAUUGUAAACCUGAAUGUGUAAGUAAUAGUGAAUGUCCAAUUCACUUAUCCUGCAUAAACAUGAAAUGUAAAAAUCCUUGCAUUGGAGCCUGUGCCCCAAGUGCUGAAUGUAGAGUUAUAAGUCAUACACCAAGAUGUACGUGCCGUAUAGGAUACAUUGGUAACCCAUACACCGAAUGUACACUACUUCAAGCUGAUCCUGUACCACAAGAAUAUUUAAAUCCUUGUGAGCCAUCUCCAUGUGGUACAAAUGCCAUUUGUAAAGAACAAAAUGGAGCCGGAUCUUGUGCAUGUCUACCUGAAUACUUUGGAAAUCCAUACGAGGGUUGCAAGCCUGAAUGUGUUGUGAAUGCUGAAUGUCAAUCUAAUAAAGCAUGUAUGAAUAAUAAAUGUAAAGACCCGUGUCCUGGAACCUGUGCUCAAAAUGCCGAAUGUCAAGUUAUUAAUCAUUCACCAACGUGUACAUGUUACAAUGGGUAUACCGGAGACCCAUUCCGAUACUGCCAUAUUAUACCACCACAACAAACCGAAGUACAGCCUAGUUAUCCAUGUACACCAUCUCCAUGUGGACCAAACAGUCAAUGCCGAGAAAUAAAUCAACAAGCUGUAUGUUCAUGUUUACCUAACUAUAUAGGAAGUCCUCCCGGAUGUCGCCCAGAAUGUGUACUGAAUGCAGAAUGUUCAUCCACUCUCGCUUGUAUUAAUCAAAAAUGUAAAAACCCAUGCGAAGAUCGCUGUGCACAAAAUGCUAACUGCAGAGUAUUCAACCAUAGUCCAGUGUGUUCGUGUACUUCAGGAUAUACUGGAGAUCCAUUUUCACAUUGUCAUGCUAUACCUCCGCCACCACCGCCACCACAAAAUGAACCUGUUUAUACCAACCCAUGCAUACCAUCACCAUGUGGAGCCUAUGCCAUAUGUAAAGAUAAUGGAGGUACUCCAUCGUGUUCGUGCUUGGCUCAAUAUAUUGGAUCACCACCAAAUUGUAGACCAGAAUGUAUUAUGCAUUCGGAAUGCCCUAGUAAUGAAGCUUGUAUUAGAGAAAAAUGCCAAGAUCCAUGUCCAGGAUCAUGUGGUUGGGGUGCUCAGUGUAAUGUAAUUAACCAUACACCUAUGUGUACUUGUCCAGAUGGUUAUGAAGGAAAUCCGUUUACGAAAUGUGAUAUAAAGCCAGUUAUUCAAGUUCCAGUCUACUCAGAUCCAUGUAAUCCAUCACCUUGUGGUCCAAAUGCACAGUGUAAUAAUGGUGUAUGCACAUGCUUAAGUGACUAUCAGGGAGAUCCGUACACUGGAUGUAGACCUGAAUGUGUACUAAAUAAUGAUUGUCCAAGAAACAAAGCAUGUAUUAAAAAUAAAUGUAUGGAUCCUUGUCCUGGAACUUGUGGACAAAAUGCUAUUUGUGAUGUUUACAAUCAUAUACCCAUGUGUCGUUGUCCAGAAGGAAUGCAAGGGAAUGCUUUUGUUUUUUGUAGUCCACAACAAAAUGAACCUGAGAUAUAUGAGCCAUGUAAACCAUCUCCUUGUGGACCAUUCAGUCAAUGUAGAGAAGUAAAUAAACAAGCGGUUUGUUCGUGUGUCAUGGGUUAUACUGGAGUACCACCAUUAUGCCGUCCUGAAUGUAUAACGAGUUCAGACUGUAGACAAAAUCAAGCAUGUUCCAAUCAAAAAUGUAUUGACCCGUGUCCAGGAACUUGUGGUAUAAAUGCUAAAUGCCAAGUUAUAAGCCACAAUCCAAUAUGUAGCUGCCCUCCGGGAUAUACUGGAAAUGCAUUUAUGAAUUGCUACCAAAUUCCUGCUGACAUACCAUUAAUAGUGGGUAAUCCAUGCGUACCAACACCAUGUGGACCUAAUUCACAAUGUCAAGUAAAAGGAGACACUCCUUCUUGUUCAUGUUUGCCUGAAUUCAUUGGAUCUCCUCCAAAUUGUAAACCAGAAUGUAUCACUAAUAGCGAAUGUUCCUACAACAAAGCAUGUAUAAAUAUGAAAUGUAAAGAUCCUUGUCCAGGAUCAUGUGCAGUCAAUGCUAUAUGUCAAGUUAUAAGUCAUGCUCCAACUUGUCAUUGCCAACAAGGCUAUGUUGGAAAUCCAUUUACAUUCUGUUCAAUUCAACAAGAUCCUAUACCUCAAGAAUAUAUUAAUCCAUGCAUACCAUCACCAUGCGGUGUGAAUGCAGUAUGCAAGGAACAAAAUGGCGCUGGAUCGUGCACUUGUUUGCCAGAAUAUAUUGGAAAUCCGUAUGAAAGUUGUCGACCAGAAUGCACAAUUAAUUCUGACUGCGUUUCCAAUAAAGCAUGUAUGAUGAAUAAGUGUAGAGAUCCGUGUCCAGGUACAUGCGGUCAAAAUGCAGAAUGUCAUGUCGUAAACCAUUUACCAGUCUGUACUUGUUUGAAUGGUUAUAACGGUGAUCCAUUCAAAUAUUGUUCAGUUAUUGUGCCACCACAAGAUACUCCGAUAGAACCGAUUAAUCCAUGUUAUCCAUCACCCUGCGGACCAAAUAGUCAAUGUAAAUCCAUUAACAACCAAGCAAUAUGUUCAUGUUUACCAACAUUCAUUGGAAGUCCCCCUGGAUGUAGACCGGAAUGUGUUAUGAGUUCGGAAUGUAAAAGUAAUGAAGCAUGUACAAACCAAAAGUGUUCUGACCCAUGCGUGGCUGUUUGUGGAAAAAAUGCUGAUUGUAAAGUCAUUAAUCAUAGUCCAAUUUGUACUUGUCGACCAAAAUUCACUGGAGAUCCAUUUACUCGUUGUUUCCCAAUACCUACAUUGCCGCCUCAAUAUUUACCUACUGAAUAUAUUAAUCCAUGCAUACCAUCACCUUGUGGUCCGUAUUCACAAUGUCAUGAUAACCAAGGAGUUGGAGUUCCGUCAUGUAGUUGUCUUCCUCAAUACACCGGAAGCCCGCCAAAUUGUAGACCAGAAUGUGUUAUUAAUUCAGAAUGCCCAUCCAAUAAAGCAUGUAUAAAUGAACAUUGUAAAGAUCCAUGUCCGGGAUCUUGUGGUUACAAUGCUGAAUGUAAUGUCCAGAAUCAUACUCCAAUGUGUGUUUGUCCAUAUGGCAUGAUUGGAGAUCCUUUUACUAGUUGUUAUACUAAGCCACAGGAAUAUAUUCCAGUCGAAAAUAGUGAUCCAUGUAAUCCGUCACCUUGUGGACCUAACGCGGAGUGUAAUAAUGGUCAAUGUACUUGUUUAUUAGAAUAUCAAGGAGAUCCUUACACGGGAUGUAGACCUGAGUGUGUUAUAAAUAAUGACUGUCCACAAACCAAAGCUUGUAUAAAUAGGAAAUGUCGAGAUCCUUGUCCAGGAAUAUGUGGUAUAAACGCAUUGUGUGAUGUUUAUAAUCAUAUUCCCAUGUGCAGAUGUCCUGAAAAAAUGUCUGGAAAUGCUUUCCUAGAAUGCAAACCAGUUGAAAUUCAAGCUCAAGUUUAUCCAUGCAAUCCUUCACCUUGUGGACCGAAUAGUCAAUGUAGAGAAGUUAAUAACCAUGCUGUAUGUUCAUGUAUAUCGAACUACAUUGGAUCACCUCCUCUGUGUAGACCAGAAUGUACUACAAAUUCUGAUUGUAAUCAAAAUGAAGCAUGUAGUAAUCAAAAAUGUAAAGAUCCAUGUCCCGGAACAUGUGGAAUAGGAGCUAAAUGCCAAGUUAUUAACCAUAGUCCUAUAUGUAAUUGUCCAUCAGGAUAUACAGGAAAUGCUUUUGUCCACUGCCAUCCAAUACAAGCGGCACCAGUUGAAGAAAUUAAUGAAAACCCUUGCAUACCAUCACCGUGUGGAUUAAAUGCUCAAUGUCAAGACAUUGGAGGUCAACCAUCAUGCUCUUGUUUACCUCAAUUUGUCGGAUCUCCUCCAAAUUGUAAGCCAGAAUGUAUAAUCAAUAGUGAAUGUCCAUAUCACUUAGCGUGUAUAAACAUGAAAUGCCGAGAUCCAUGUCCAGGAUCAUGUGGCCACAAUACAGAAUGCAAAGUUAUUAGUCACGCCCCGAAAUGCUAUUGUCUACCUGGUUAUAUUGGAAAUCCAAUAAUACAAUGCAAUUUACAAGCUGAACCAGUUCUUCAAGAAUAUAUUAAUCCGUGCCAACCAUCACCUUGUGGUUCAAAUGCAGUAUGUAAAGAACAAAACGGUGCUGGUUCAUGUAUGUGUUUACCAGAAUACUUUGGCGAUCCAUAUAGAGGAUGCAUGCCUGAAUGUGUGGUUAAUUCAGACUGCCCACAAAAUGAAGCUUGCAGGAGAAAUAAAUGUGAAAACCCUUGCCCAGGAUUAUGUGGUCAAAACGCAGAAUGUCAAACAAUUAAUCAUGUACCUAUGUGUACAUGUUCCAAUGGAUAUACUGGAGAUCCAUUCAGAUAUUGUUCAAUUAUUCCACCACAACAAACUCCAGUUGAACCAACUAAUCCAUGCAGUCCAUCGCCUUGUGGACCAAAUAGUCAAUGUAGAGAACUCAACGGCCAAGCAAUAUGUUCAUGUCUUCCAGAAUAUAUUGGAAGUCCUCCGAGUUGUCGCCCAGAAUGUUUAAUAAGUACUGAAUGUAAUCGUGAUAAGGCUUGUAUAGGGCAAAAAUGUAAAGAUCCAUGCCCCGGAAUGUGUGGUCUAAAUGCCAAUUGUCAAACUAUUAAUCAUAGUCCAAUUUGCACAUGUACUUCAGGAUACACUGGAAAUCCAUUUUCUCAAUGCUAUCAACUACCAAAGCCUGUUAUACAACAAAGUCCACCAGAACCAUCGAACCCGUGUAUUCCAAAUCCUUGUGGACCAUAUUCAAUAUGUCAUGACCAAGGAGGAUAUCCGUCGUGUUCCUGCUUAUCCCAGUACAUAGGCUCUCCACCAAAUUGUAGACCUGAGUGCGUUAUUAGUGCUGAAUGUCCAAGCAAUAAAGCUUGUAUGAAUGAAAAAUGUAAAGAUCCAUGUCCUGGUUCUUGUGGAGUUGGAGCACUCUGUACCGUUAAUAGCCAUACACCUAACUGUUACUGCCCAAGUGGAUAUAUAGGAGAUCCAUUCAAUUUAUGUAUGCUAAAACCACCACAAAACGAUCCAGAAAUACCAAAUAUUGAUCCAUGCUAUCCGUCGCCAUGUGGUCCAAACGCAAAUUGCAACGACGGCGUUUGUACUUGCUUAGCAGAAUAUCAAGGAGAUCCUUAUGUCGGAUGUAGACCUGAAUGUAUAAUAAGUGAUGAAUGUCCUAGAAAUAAAGCUUGCAUUAAAUAUAAAUGCAAGGAUCCGUGUCCAGGAACUUGUGGUCAAAAUGCUAUUUGUGACGUUUAUAACCAUAUUCCAAUGUGUAGAUGCCCUGAAGGAAUGUCUGGAAAUGCAUUUAUAGAAUGCAGACCACAGCAAAUUUCUGUGGUACAUGACUAUUGUAAUCCUUCGCCAUGUGGUCCAAACAGUAUAUGUCAAGAAAUAAAUCAACAAAGUGUAUGUUCUUGUAUAGUUGGAUACAUUGGAUCCCCACCAACAUGCCAUCCAGAAUGUGUAGUUAAUUCCGAUUGUAUAUUGAGUAAAGCUUGUAGCAAUCAAAAAUGUCGAGAUCCUUGCCCUGGAACAUGUGGAAUUAGUGCUAAAUGUCAUGUAGUCAAUCAUAAUCCAAUAUGCAGCUGUCCACCUGGUUUUACGGGCAAUCCAUUCGUGCAAUGCAGUCAAAUACCAGUUAUUGAAGAUGAACCUAUUCGAAACCCAUGUGUUCCUUCACCGUGCGGCCCAUAUUCGCAAUGCCAGGUUCAAGGAACAUCUCCAUCGUGUUCAUGCUUGCCUGAGUAUAUUGGAUCACCGCCAAAUUGUCGACCUGAAUGUGUUAGUAACAGUGAAUGUUCAUAUAAUUUGGCUUGUAUAAAUAUGAAAUGCAAAGAUCCAUGCCCUGGAUUAUGUGGAGAAAACGCCUUAUGUCGUGUUAUCAGUCACUCUCCAAUGUGUUAUUGUGUACAUGGUUAUACUGGGAAUCCAAUGGUUCAAUGUGUGGUUCAACAAGACGCACUUGUAAUAAGAGAUGAUCCACACCCUUGUACUCCAUCCCCUUGUGGAGCAAAUGCCCAAUGUAGAGAACAAAAUAAUGCUGGCUCUUGUAGCUGUGUGCCUGGGUAUUUUGGAAAUCCAUACGAAGGUUGUAGACCAGAGUGCAUUGUUAAUACAGAUUGCUCACCGAUGAAAGCAUGUAUUCAAUAUAAAUGUCAAAAUCCUUGUCCCGGAACGUGUGGUUUAAAUGCAGAUUGUCAAGUGGUUUACCAUGUCGCAUCGUGCAUUUGUAAUCCAGGUUACACGGGUAACCCAUACCAAGCCUGUAAUUUCAUAAGACCACAAAUUACUCAAAUGGAACCAAUAUACCCAUGUACUCCAUCACCAUGUGGUCCAAAUAGUCAAUGCAAAGAAUUAAAUAAUCAAGCUGUAUGUUCUUGUUUACCAUCAUUUAUCGGAAAUCCACCUAUGUGCCGUCCUGAAUGUACAACUAGUGCAGAAUGUCCAACAAAUUUAGCAUGUGUAAACAAGAAAUGUGUAGAUCCUUGCCCGGGAGUAUGUGGACAAAGUGCAAAUUGCAGAGUUAUAAAUCACAGUCCAUUGUGUAUAUGUAAUUCAGGAUUCACAGGAGAUCCAUUUUCUAUUUGUUAUCCAAUACAAAAUUCUCCAGAACCUCAACCACAGCCACCGAUAAACCCAUGCAUACCAUCACCUUGUGGUCCUUAUUCUCAAUGUCAAAAUUACGGAGGUUCCCCUUCGUGUACUUGCCUUCCGUCGUAUAUAGGAUCUCCACCAAAUUGUAAACCAGAGUGCACAAUCAAUGCUGAUUGUGCAAGUAAUUUGGCAUGUAUUAGAGAGAAAUGUAGAGAUCCAUGUCCAGGUUCUUGUGGUUCUAAUGCGCAUUGUCAAGUGUUAAACCACAUUCCUAUGUGUAUUUGUCCAGAAGGGUAUACUGGAGAUCCGUUUUUGAGCUGUUACAUUAAACCAGAACCACCAAUUCAACAAGCAUCAGAUCCUUGUAAUCCUUCUCCGUGUGGAUCAAAUGCAUUAUGCAAUAAUGGAAUUUGUACGUGUAUUCCCGAAUAUCAAGGUGAUCCCUAUAGCAUAUGCAGACCAGAGUGUGUCCUUAACAAUGAAUGCCCUCAAAAUAAAGCAUGCAUACGAAAUAAAUGUAUGGAUCCUUGUCCGGGAACUUGUGGUCAAAAUGCUUUGUGUGAUGUUUAUAAUCACAUACCAAUGUGUAGAUGUCCUCAAGGAAUGAAUGGAAAUGCAUUUAUUGAAUGUUUAACAUAUCAAGCUCCAAUUGAAACAAACCCAUGUCAACCGUCACCAUGUGGUCCCAACAGUCAAUGUAGAGAAGUUAAUGGUUAUUCAAUGUGUUCUUGUCUCACUGGAUAUUUUGGAACACCACCAACGUGUCAUCCUGAAUGUUCCAUUGAUUCUGACUGUAGUCAAAAUAGGGCAUGUUCAAACCAGAAAUGCCGCGACCCGUGUCCAGGAGCUUGUGGAGAGAAUGCGCAAUGCCACACUAUAAGUCAUAGACCACAUUGUACAUGUCCUCCAGGUUUCACUGGAAAUGCAUUUUCUAGAUGUUACGUACAACAAUUACCGCCAGAACCAAUACGCAAUCCAUGUGUACCUUCACCUUGUGGCCCUAAUGCUCAAUGCCAAGUUAUUGGAAAUUCUCCAUCAUGUUCAUGUGCCCCUGACUAUAUUGGCUCACCACCAAACUGUCGACCAGAAUGUAUUAGUAAUAAUGAAUGUUCUUAUAAUCUUGCCUGCAUGAAUAUGAAAUGUAAAGACCCAUGCCCCGGUUCGUGUGCUUCAAAUGCUAUAUGCAAAGUAAUUAGUCAUACUCCAAGAUGUAACUGUCCGCCAGGUUAUAAUGGCGAUCCAUUCACGCAAUGCAUAUUACAACAAGCGGAACCAAUUCAAGAAAUAAUAAACCCUUGUAGACCAUCGCCAUGUGGUCCCAAUGCAUUAUGUAAAGAACAAAAUAAUGCUGGUUCGUGUAUUUGUCUACCAGAAUAUUAUGGAAAUCCUUACGAAGGAUGUCGACCUGAAUGUAUGGUUAAUACAGACUGUAAUGCUAACAAAGCAUGCAUGGCAAACAAAUGUAAAGAUCCUUGCCCAGGAACUUGUGGCAGUAAUGCUAAGUGUCAAACUAUUAACCACAUACCAAUGUGUACAUGUUUACCUGGUUAUGUUGGAGAUCCAUUUAAAUACUGUCAAAUUAUCCAACCACAACAAGUUGAAAUUGUACCGAGUUAUCCAUGUAUUCCAUCUCCAUGUGGUCCAAAUAGUUUUUGCAAAGAGAAUAACGGACAAGCAAUUUGCUCGUGCUUACCAUCCUUUAUAGGAACUCCGCCAGGGUGUAGACCCGAAUGUGUCACCAACGCCGAAUGUAUGCAAAACAAAGCAUGUAUUAAUCAAAAAUGUAUAGAUCCUUGUCCAGGAACUUGUGGACAAAAUGCGUAUUGUCAAACAAUAAACCAUCAUCCAAUAUGUAAAUGUAGCCCUGGUUACACGGGUAAUCCAUCUACAUACUGCUCCUUAAUACAACAUGUACCUCAAGACACACCUGUUGUUGUCAACCCUUGCUCGCCUUCGCCUUGUGGUCCUUACUCUGAAUGUAUAGCAUAUGGAAACUCUCCAUCUUGUUCGUGCUCACCGACGUAUGUUGGCAGCCCACCAAACUGUAGACCUGAAUGCAUUGUUCACGCCGAGUGUGCAAGUAAUAUGGCUUGCAUGAGAGAAAAAUGCAGGGAUCCAUGUCCAGGAUCUUGUGGUUUAGGAUCACAGUGCAAUGUAAUUAAUCAUGUACCAAUUUGUACAUGUCCAACUGGUUAUACAGGGGAUCCAUUUGUCAGCUGUUAUAUAAAACCAAGCCCACCGCCGAAGCCACAAUACACAGACCCGUGUAAUCCAUCUCCAUGUGGACCAAGUGCUACAUGUAAUAAUGGAAUUUGUUCAUGUAUACUCGGAUAUCAAGGGGAUCCCUACCGUGGUUGUCGACCAGAAUGUGUUUUGAAUGAAGAUUGUGUUAAAGACAAAGCAUGUGUGAAAAAUAAAUGCGUUAAUCCGUGUAUAGGCACUUGUGGAAAUAAUGCUAUUUGUGAAGUUUAUAACCAUAUACCAAUGUGCCAUUGUCCAUCUGGAAUGACAGGAAAUGCUUUUAUCACAUGUCACCAAAUAGUAUUACAAGAACCAGUGGUACGAAAUCCAUGUUCACCUUCGCCCUGUGGUCCAAAUAGUCAAUGUCGAGAUGUGAACAAUCAACCGAUUUGUACAUGCUUACCUACUUUCUUUGGUUACCCUCCAAAUUGUCGACCUGAGUGUACAGUUAAUUCGGAUUGUUCUAUGAGCACCGCUUGUUUAAAUCAGCGGUGUAGAGACCCGUGUCCGGGAACUUGUGGCAUGAGUGCAGAAUGUCAAGUCAUAAAUCAUAAUGCAAUAUGUAGUUGUCCACUACAUUUAACAGGAGAUCCAUUUUCGAAAUGCUACUAUCCAGUUAUAUCGAGACCACAACAAGAUCCAAUUAACCCAUGCGUACCAAGUCCGUGUGGACCUUACUCGGAAUGCCGUGUUACUUCAAACACUUACACGUGCACAUGUUUACCAAACUACCAAGGUUCACCUCCUCAGUGCCGUCCAGAAUGUAUUUCAAAUAGCGAUUGUAGAUAUAAUUUAGCAUGUAUCAAUAUGAAGUGCAAGGACCCGUGUAUUGGUUCGUGUGGUUUAAAUACUGAAUGCCAUGUUUAUAACCAUAUACCUCAAUGUACUUGUCUUCAAGGAUUUGUUGGAAAUCCUUUCAUAUCAUGUCAUAUUCAUCAAACACCGCCUGUUCAACCAACACCAACAUCACCGUCAGAUCCUUGUUACCCCUCACCGUGUGGACCUAAUGCUAGAUGUCGUGUUGAGAACCAGAAUGCCAUUUGUGAAUGUUUACCAGAAUAUCAAGGAAAUCCGUAUGAGUCUUGUAGACCAGAAUGUCUUGUUAGUUCUGAUUGUACCAUGAACAAAGCUUGUAUUAGAAAUAAAUGUCAAGAUCCGUGUCCUGGCACAUGUGGCAUAUCUGCUAUAUGUUUUGUAUCAAAUCAUAUACCAAUAUGUUCAUGUCCAGAAAGUUUAACUGGUGAUCCAUUCCAAAUGUGUCACCCAAUACCAGUUAGAGAUCCGGUUCCAUCUGAUCCGUGCGUCCCAUCACCUUGUGGACCAAAUACUCGUUGCCGCGUAAUGAACGGUGCGGCUAUUUGCGAAUGUUUACAAGGAUAUGAAGGAUCUCCGACAACUAGUGGAUGCCGACCUGAAUGUGUUAUUAGCCCUGAUUGUCCUCGUAACAGAGCUUGCGUGAACAAUAAAUGUGUCGACCCGUGUAUUGGAGUAUGUGGGUAUGAAGCAAUUUGUCAAACUAUUAACCACAGCCCAGUCUGUUCCUGUCCACCGCCCACUAUUGGAGAUCCAUUCGUUGAAUGUAAACAACAACCAGCUUUGCCAAGUGAUCCAUGUAACCCGUCUCCGUGCGGUAGCAAUGGUCAAUGUAGAGUAAUUGGAAAAGUUGCAUCUUGUGUUUAUCCGGAGUGUAUUAUUAACCAAGACUGUCCAAGAGAUAAGGCAUGUUUCACACAGAAAUGUCAAGACCCAUGUCGAGAUGUUUGUGGAUUAAACGCUAUUUGUCAAGUAGUAAAUCACAAUGCUUUAUGUUCAUGUCCUCCGGGAUACUAUGGAGAACCAAAACAACAAUGUAUAAUACAACGAUCACCAGAACCCAAACCAGAAUGUACUACUGAUAGUGAAUGUUCCAAUGACAAAGCGUGUAUAAAUUAUGUCUGUAAAAACCCAUGUCAAGAAUCACCAACUACUUGCGCGAGAAAUGCAUUAUGCUACGUUCAGCAACACAGAUCAGUGUGUGUGUGCAAAGAUGGAAUGACUGGAAAUGCUCAAAUACAAUGUGUAGAAAUUGGUUGUCGUGCUGAUACCGAUUGUCCACCAGAAAAAUCAUGUGUUAACGGAGAUUGUAUUGACCCAUGUACUUACACCCAUUGUGGUAUUAACGCACUAUGUCGAACUGAUGGGUACCAUAGAGCGCGAUGUUAUUGCCCUCCCGCGUAUGAAGGAGAUCCAUUCGUAGAAUGUAGAAGACCAGAAUGCGUGGUCGAUUCAGACUGUCCGUCAACAUUAGCUUGCAGAAAUCAACAUUGUCAAAGUCCAUGUGAUUGUGCCCCAACUGCGCUAUGUAACGUAGUAAACCAUGUGGCCUCAUGUAGAUGUCCACCGGGUUACAUAGGAAAUCCUCAUACGUCUUGUACCUUAACUCCACUUGCUAUUCCACCUCAGUGCACAAUGGACUCCGACUGUGCUAGUAAAUUGGCAUGUUUCAAUGGACAAUGCAAAAAUCCAUGUUAUGAAAUAAAACCAUGUGGACCGAAUGCGGAGUGUAUUGUAGUAGAUACGUUACCUCACAGAACUAUGUCAUGCCAGUGUAUUCCAGGUUAUGUUGGUGAUGCCGACAUUCAAUGUAAACUAGGUGCUCCGUCAUCGGUAGGUUGUACCUCCAAUGACGAAUGUCAGCCAACAGAUACAUGCUUAAACCGCCAAUGCGUUAAUCCAUGUACUGUAUCCAACCCUUGUUCGUCUACUGCGCUGUGCACAAUCAAUAAUCAUAAAGCUGUUUGUAAAUGUCCAGAUGGUCUUUCUGGUGAUCCAUUCAUUAGUUGUUACAAAGUACCACUGGCUACACCAGAAUGUACAACAGAUUCUGAAUGCCCAAGUUCUAAAAUAUGUGCCAACCAAUUUUGCCAAGACCCAUGUCAAAUAUCAAAACCAUGUGACCCUACCGCUGAAUGUGUUACAAUUAACCACCGACCAAUUUGUAAUUGUCCAAAUGGAUGGGCAGGAAAUCCUCAAAUUCAGUGUUAUAAACCGGGUUGCAAGACCGAUAGCGAUUGUGUUUAUGAUAAAGCAUGCAUUAACAGCAAUUGUUUGAACCCGUGUUCUACUCAGAGUUGUGGUCACGGAGCUGAUUGCAUUGUACAAGCUCACAAAGCGCAUUGCAUCUGUCCAGCUGGUACACAAGGUUCACCAAUGGUAUCCUGCGUAUCAGUAGUGUGCCAAUAUAAUGAAGACUGUGCAGACCAUGAAGCAUGUGACAGAUUAAACAGAAGAUGUAGACCUGUAUGUGAACAAGACACUUGUGCUGAGCAGGCAACAUGCCUAGCCCAAGCUCACCAACCGACAUGUACAUGUCUGAAUGGCUUCCAAGGAAAUCCUUACAUUGAAUGCAUUGAAUCGAGAGUACCAUCAAUAACUCCAGAGUGCACAACUGAUUCUGACUGUCCAUCACAACAUGCUUGUGUAAAUCAGAGAUGUCAAAACCCUUGUACUAUUUCUGUUCUUUGUUCACCAGAUCAAGAGUGUCAUGUUCAAGACACAGUCCCAUACAGAACUGUUAUGUGUCAAUGUAGAUCAGACACUGUAGCCACCAUUGAUGGCCGCUGCAAACCAAUAGUUCCCAUUACUCCUCAAUGUAAAAGCGAUCAAGAAUGUCAAUUAUCAGAAAGAUGUGUGAAUCAAGGAUGCAUAGAAGCUUGUCGAAUCGAUCCAUGUGGUAUAAAUGCACAAUGCAUCUCACAAAACCAUCAAGCAGCGUGUUCAUGUCCACCAGGAUAUACAGGCAACCCACACACAGAAUGCUCACUUCAACAAUCGAUACCAAUACUGCCACCUUCGCCAGAAUGUACGAAAAACGACGACUGUGCAUCCGACAAAACAUGUGUCAACCAAAGAUGUAUUAGUCCAUGCACUUUAGGAGACAGUUGUGGCCGUGGAUCAUUCUGUCAUACUCAAAACCACCAACCCGUUUGCAGAUGUCCCAACGGUUAUAUCGGUGAUCCUCGCAUAGCGUGCACUCCGCCAUCAUCAGUGCCAACUGUUGGAUGUGUAUCAAGCACUGAUUGUAGUUCAGAAGAAUCAUGUAUCAACAGAUUGUGUGUGAAUCCGUGCAAUUGUGGACCCAACUCAGAUUGUAAAGUUAAUAAUCACUAUCCUAGUUGUAUUUGUAAGCCAGGGUAUUAUGGAAAUCCCCAACAAGGCUGCAUAAAAAUGGGAUGUACUUCAGAUGACCAAUGUGCUUACGAUAAACAAUGUUAUAACGGCGAAUGUGUUCCACCGUGUUUAUUGAGUGAUCCUUGUGCACCGACUGCAAAAUGUUAUGGUGACAAUCACCGGGCUGCAUGCCAAUGUCCGCCAGGUUACUUCGGAAAUCCGUUCGAGAAAUGUGAAAGAACUGAAUGUACAUACGACGUAGACUGUCCGUCAGAUCGUAUGUGCUUCGAUCAACAUUGUAUCAAUCCGUGCACAGAACAUGGUACUCCGUGUGCAUCAAACGCCAUCUGCUCUGUCAGAAACCACGCCGCAACAUGUAGAUGCCCAGAAAACUUACCGAUGGGAGAUCCAAAUACUUAUUGUGAACGUUUACCGCCACCUCUGUUCGGCGAACCAGAAUGCAAAAUUGAUGUUGACUGUGCCAGUCGUCUUGCAUGUAUCAAAGAAAAAUGUGUGAAUCCGUGUCAAGAAAUUAAGCCAUGUUCGAAUAGUGCUAUGUGCACGGUCUUGGACAGUGUACCAGUUAGAACAAUGACGUGUACAUGUUCCGAAGGAUGGGUACUCGAUGAAGGUGGCGAAUGCAGACCAGUAAUUGUUUCUUCACCACCUGGUUGUACUUCCAACGACGACUGUCCGUCAAAUGAAGCAUGUCUUAAUAGACAAUGCCGCAAUCCUUGCAAUUGUGGUACAAACGCCCAAUGUUUUGUUCAAAAUCAUCAUCCAGUUUGUUCUUGCUUGGAAGGUUACGAUGGAAAUCCAAACUUUGCUUGUAGAAUAGUGGGAUGUAAGAGAAAUUCCGAAUGUGAAUCUGGCAAGGCCUGUAUCAAUGGUCAUUGUCUAAAUCCAUGUAUAGUAGAAGAUCCAUGUGGCCCGAAUGCCGAAUGUUUCACGGUCGCCAGUCGCCCCGAGUGUCGGUGUAAGAGUGGUUAUCGUGGUAAUCCAUACGAUAGAUGUCUGGUGAUUGGUUGCCACAGCAACAACGACUGUCCCAAUGAUCGAUCGUGCAUCAAUGGGCAGUGCAUCAAUCCAUGCGUGUAUGAACACCCGUGUUCGUCACAAGCCGAGUGCAAAGUACAAAACCAUUUCGCUCUGUGCCGUUGUCCUCCAGGAAUGGUAGGAAAUCCAUAUGUGGCCUGUAGACAGGAAGCACAACCUGAAUGUAAAGAAGACGCCGACUGUCCAUCGCUGUUGGCCUGCUUUGACAAUGUGUGUCGUAACCCGUGCACCACACUGGAACCGUGCAAGCGGCCAGCCGAGUGCGUGGUGAUCGAUUCACUGCCGGUCAGGACCAUGAUUUGCGAAUGUCCAAGCGGUUACGUAAGCAGCGGCAGUGGUACCUGCAAGAUAACGCCACCGAUGACGGCUGUAGCCUGUACCGCGGACACACAAUGUCCAUCGGACAGAGCUUGCCUGAACGGAAGGUGCAUCGAUCCUUGCAACUGCGGACCGAACUCCGAGUGUAGAGUGUGGGACCACAAGCCAGUUUGCUCUUGCCUGGCCGGAUUUGACGGCAGCCCGGAGAUCGACUGUUCGAGAGCCGGUUGUCGAAGCGAAUCCGACUGUUCUGGUCAACACACCUGCGUCAACCGUAUUUGUGUGGCCGUUUGCGCCGCGGACGGUAGCAGUUGUGGCACAGCAUCCGAAUGUUACGGCAUCAACCAUCAAGCCGUGUGCGAAUGUCCACCCGGAAUGGCCGGAAAUCCGCAAAUAGCCUGCGUGGUCGCCGGCUGUCGGUCAGACUCAGAUUGUCCCAGCGACAAGGCAUGCAUAAACACCAAGUGUAUCGAUCCAUGCACCAGAAAUAAUCCAUGCGUCAAGCCAGCUGAGUGUACUGUGUACAACCACCGCACUGAUUGCGCUUGUCCACCAGGUUAUAUCGGAAACGCCGGAACUACUUGCAAACAGAUCGAAGCUGGAUGUCAAAGCGAUUCCGAUUGUCCAUCUCAGACGGGUUGCAUUAACAAACUAUGCGUGAGCCCAUGUGAUGCUUCAUCGCCAUGUGGAAUAAACUCGAAAUGCAAAGUCCUCGACACCUUCCCGAUAAGAACGAUGACGUGCGAAUGUCUACCGGGCACUCAAGGAAAUGCAGCCAUACGAUGUGACGAAGUUUCAAAAUGUCCAAUUGACAAAGGCUACGUGAGAAACGAUGAUGGAGAAUGCGUUUGUCCACCGGGCACAGCCCUGAACCAAGAAGACGAAUGCCGUAGGUGCGUAGUCGAACUGGGAUACAAGAUCGAUGAACGUGGCCAUUGCGUGUGCGCUCUGGAUAGAGGGUUGAUCAUUGACGAAAGAGGACGAUGCAUAUGUCCGACCGAACACGGUUACAGUUUGAACAUCUACGGACAAUGUGUACCGAAAAACACGACACAACUUAGGACGGACUUCCCGAGACCGGACAUGGUUGUCACAUGUUUGUCCGACGGAGUGCAAGUUGAAAUCCAUAUUACAGAAAAAGGAUUUAACGGAGUGCUUUACGUGAAGGGUCACAGUAAGAACGAACAGUGUAGAAGAGUCGUAUCGAUGGCGCCAGACUCGCCGCCCAGAACAGAAAUAUUCAAAGUCAACUUUGGAAACUGUGGACUUAUACACAUCAACGGCCAGGCCAGUUUUGUAUUAGUUAUACAGAAACAUCCGAAAUUGGUGACUUACAAAGCCCAAGCCUACCACAUACGAUGCGUGUACAACACCGGAGAACAGAACGUCACGCUCGGUUUUAACGUAUCCAUGUUGACUACAGCUGGUACGAUAGCGAACACCGGACCGCCGCCUACGUGUCUGAUGAAGAUCGUUACGCACACUGGUCAAGAAAUUGACUCAGCCGAAAUCGGUGACAACUUAAUGCUACAAGUGGACGUCCAGCCGUCGAGCAUCUACGGAGGAUACGCCAGAAGCUGUGUGGCGAAAACGAUCGAAGACAAUGUCGAGAACGAGUACAUUGUAACCGACGAGAAUGGAUGCGCGACCGACCCGACGAUAUUCGGCGAGUGGGACUACAACGCGGAUACACAAUCUCUGUUGGCCGGUUUCAAUGCGUUCAAAUUCCCAAGUUCCGACAACAUACGAUUCCAGUGUAACAUACGCGUGUGCUUCGGCAAAUGCCAACCGGUGAAUUGCCGCGGAUACAACGCGUUUGGAAGACGCAGGAGACGUGAGAUAUCUAAAAAUAACAACGAACCAGACGACGAUGCACUCGAGUCCAUCCAGCGAGGACAGCUGAGAGAAGAGAUCACAAUCGAGUCGAACGCCAUUUUAACGUUCGAACGCAGGGAAGAACGACUGAUGGAUCCGACUGAAGCUCCGAUUAUUCAACCCGCCGAGGACAUUUGCGUGUCAGUCAUCGGACUCAUCGUGGCCCUCGUCAUUACCGCCCUGCUCGCGCUGGUGGCCGUAGCCGUGGCUGUUUCGUGUUGGCUGAUGGCCUACAGGCGAACGCCGAACGUCAACGGUCCACUGCCGCAUCCGACUCAAGUGCCGAAUCCGAUGUUCAUGAAUCACGACCGGACGUCUUCCGAACCGUCGCCUGAUUACCUGACAUAAUGAACACAACGAAGACUAAGACGACGACGAUUUUUGUAAUUCCGUCGUCGUUUACACAAUUUACCUAUAAAUUUUAUUAUUUUACAUAAAAAAAAAUAUAUAUUGUCAUACCUUACCACCCCCUUCCCCGUAUAACAGUCGGGUCGUAAGCGCCUAACACAUUAUAUUAUUAUUAUUAUAUUAUUUGUAUUAUUUUAUAAAUACCUAUACACUGUUUUACGACUGUUAAUCGUUUGCCAUGUUUUGCGCUCGACAAAAGUCUCACGGGCCUUUAAUUAGCUGCAGACACUCGUCGUUCAGAUUAAAAAAAAAACAAUAA